GAGCGGCGCGCUUCAAAGCCCAGCCGCCGCGGCUGCAAAGCCGCCGGAGCUUAAUGGCGUCCUUGCGCUCAGAUUAGCUGCUCCGUUUUCCUUCCUUCCUUCCUCCUCCUCCUCCUCCUCCUCCCCUUCCUUCGGGGAGGCGGGCAGCGGGCAGGAGGAGAAGAAGAAAAGGAGCGGCGGGAGAGGGAGAGGCAGAAGCGCCCAGGCGCGCGGGCAAGACUUCGCCGGGAAGGCAGCCGCACACAAUGCGCCAAGAGGCAACACCCGGGCAAGGCAGCGCGGGAGACUGAGGCGCGGCGGUCCAGGCGAGCGGGAGGAGGAGGAGAAGCAGCAGCAGCAGCAGCAGAGCAGGAGGGAAGAGGCAGCGGCAGCCCCAGUCCCCCCUUCUUCCCUCGCGGCGGCGGCGGCGGCAGGAGGGUAAGGCGGCGCGGCGCGCUCGGCUUUGUGUCUGCUUGCAUCCGACGGGGAUGGCGCGCUCGCUAGGCCGCUCGCUCGGGGAUUGGCGAGGCGGCUCCUUCGCCGAGGCGUCCGCACCGACACGCGCCUUUGUGUCUCCUUCCCGGGAACGAAGAUGCGGGCAUAGGAGCCCCUUCUUAGGGCCGAGGUCUCCCUUCGCCCCCCUCCCCCAAAUAAAAUAUUGGAGGGGGCUCCCCCCCCACAGUUUAUGGACAUUGCCGUUCAAAUGGCUUGUGCGCACCGCCACGUCUUGUGAUGGAUUACGCGGGGCGGAGCUUACCUGGUCCCCCAUCCCCAAUAUUUUGUUCAAGUUGGUACCCCUGUGCAGGGUUAGAUUUUAGCCCCCAAGAGGUUGAGGUGGCGCCUUGGAGAAGUUCACUUUGCCCCCCAGGGCUGCUGGGAAUGCGGAUUCCAGGGCCUGUCCCUCUGGCUGGGUCGGUGGGUGUGCCUCUUGGGUGGUGGGCAUCCUUGGCUAUUCUCCUCGUUCUUCUCCGCCAGGCAAAUGAGCGUAGGAAGUUGGAUCGGGCACCUCUUAACGCUUCUUGAUUUAUAAAGUGCUGUAUAGGUAGCAUCUCCCUGAAACAAAAAAAAAUAUCCACGCAAGUCGUUGAUCGCCAAGAGGUGCAAAUUGAUUUUGUGUUGGUUAUUUAUCUCUCUUGUAAUUGGUUUUCACGUUGGUUAUUUAUUUCCCUUAGCUGGCCUGCACGCUGGCCAAUAAAUGAGGGUGUAUGGGGGAAGACCUGCUUGAUUGGCACCCGUGGCAGGUACAGAUGGCUGUGGAAGUACUUUAUUGGAUAGCUGUGUGGCAUCUUGUGGCACAAUGGGUCAUUGCAUCUGGCUGUUGACCCCAAAGCCUGGUGGUCCGAGCCCACCAAGGCACAGCUGUGGGCAGGAUUCCAGGGGGUUGGACUAGAUGACCCUUGGGGUCCCUUCCGACUCUAUGAUUCUUUGUACACACACAAUUUAAUAUAAGCAUAGGCUUCUCUCCUGCUGUCCUCCUGCCGCAUUUGGCAUCCAUCCUGACAUGACCCUCCAUUUACAAAACCCUCUGCGCCCAUGGGACACUUUUUGUUUUUUUGCUUAGUUUCCCCCACUCUGCCCCAGCCAAGGUAGAAGCAGGUUUGUAGAGACAGUACAAAAAGGCAGGGGAAUGCAACCAGCAUCCACAGCCUCCACUGACAUUAAUACUCAGGCAGCCUUGGAAUCCCUUCAGAUGGAGAAGCAGCAGCAGGGAGAGCAAUCUCCCAACUUAAUCCUUUCCACUGGCAGAUUUUCUGCAGGGGGAAAAAGGGUGAGAUCUGACAACCUUUGGCCGCACUUGAAGGUCUGAGUAUGUGGGGAGGGCUGCCAGAACAGAGGGGAAAGCGUUGGGAGAGUAUUUAAGAAGCUUUCAGAGGAUUUAGGCCUGGGAUGGUGCUAUGUGUGUUUGGAUGGAUGGAUGUUAUUAUAACGCCCAGAGAGUCCCCUUUGCUGGUUCUCUGAUUUGUUGAGACAUAUUAUGUCCCCAGAAGGGACACGGGUGGUGCUGUGGGUUAAACCACAGAGCCUAGGACUUGCCAAUCAGAAGGUCAGCGGUUCGAAUCCCCGCGACGGGGUGAGCUCCUGCUGCCCGGUCCCUGCUCCUGCCAACCUAGCAGUUCGAAAGCACGUCAAAGUGCAAGUAGAUAAAUAGGCACUGCUCCGGUGGGAAGGUAAACGGCGUUUGCAUGUGCUGCUCUGGUUUGCCAGAAGCGGCUUAGUCAUGCUGGCCACGUGACCCAGAAGCUGUACACCGGCUCCCUCGGCCAAUAAAGCGAGAUGAGCGCCGCAACCCUAAAGUUGGUCACGACUGGACCUAAUGGUCAGGGGUCCCUUUACCUUUAUCUAUUAUGUCCCCCGGGAAGGUCAAGGCUGUAAGGCUGCGAUGGGGAACCUGUGGGUCCCCCAGAUGGGUUUUUUAAGGACUCCUAAUUCCCAUCAUUCGAGAGCAUUGGCCAUUCUGCCUGGGGCUGAUGGGAGUUGGAUUCCAACAGCAUCUGGAAGGCGGUAGGUUCCCCAUCCCUGCUGUUGGGUAAUUGACUUCCUUUAUAAGAAUAAAGGACAUUUUCAGAUGAGCUGUCUCUUCAGAAUACAUUGUUGGGGAGCAGCUGCACCUGUAGUCAUUUCAUCCAUCUCACGCUUAUUGGUUCUGCCUUGAGUUGCAAGAGUGCUAUCCAGCCAUGUCUAUCCCCUGUUGGAAAGCCAUUUGAUCCAGUGGAGUCUUCCAUUAGAGCAGGGUUUCCCACACUUGGCUCUCCACCUGCUUUUGGACUACACUUCCCAUUAUCCCUGACUAGUGGUCCUGCUAGCUAGGGAUGAUGGGAGUGGUAGUCCAAAAGCAGCUGGAGACACCCAAGUUUGGGAAGCACUGGUUUGCACACACUGGUGAGGUGCUUCCACCCCUUUCCUGAACCCAUUGGGCUCACCACUUCUUGUUUUGGAGAUCUUCUGUGUGAAAUCCCUGCAAUCACUCCGGCUAGAAAAGCACUGACAUUGCUGCUGGCUAUUGCCGCCUCAAGUCAUUGUGGUUGUCUGUGCAACCCUAUAACCAGGGAGGCCUUGGGCGAGGCCACUUGAGAGAUGGGUGCGGAAGAGAAAGUGGCCGGCUCGCAUGUGUGAACCAGUUCCUUGUGAUCAUAAGGAACCAGAUGGUAGAGCUUGCCUGGACCAAUUAAUGGACUACAUAAGGGGGCAAUCUGGUUUAUGGAGUACCUGGUUCACAAUCUGGGAAUGCUUUGUACCUCCUGUUCAUAUGUUUAGCAAACGUCCUGAUAUAACAACAACAACAACAACAACAACUUUGCAACACAUUCUUUGGGCAUUUCACAAGUGGGUUUUUCAAAAUGCAAGUGUGGAAGCGUUGAGGCUUAGAGUGCAAGCCCCUUUCUCCCAUUCCCUCCAUCCGCUGGAGGAGCCAGAGUUGCGUGAAUGUCAAGUCCCUCUCUCUCUUAUGUUGCUACUGGCAGAUACCUUGCUCUUGGAAGUUCAGAUCUGCUAAAAUGGCUUAAAGAUGGUGUGUGCCUAAAAUUAGCCUCAGAAGAAGCAGCAGAAUUGUGCAAAUAGCAAGUGUUGUUGUUGUUUAGUCGUGUCCGACUCUUCGUGACCCCAUGGACCAGAGCACGCCAGGCACGCCUGUCUUCCACUGCCUCCCGCAGUUUGGUCAAACUCAUGCUGGUAGCUUCAAGAACACUGUCCAACCAUCUCGUCCUCUGUCGUCCCCUUCUCCUUGUGCCCUCCAUCUUUCCCAACAUCAGGGUCUUUUCCAGGGAGUCUUCUCUUCUCAUGAGGUGGCCAAAGUAUUGGAGCCUCAGCUUCAGGAUCUGUCCUUUCAGCGAGCACUCAGGGCUGAUUUCCUUCAGAAUGGAUAGGUUUGAUCUUCUUGCAGUCCAUGGGACUCUCAAGAGUCUCCUCCAGCACCAUAAUUCAAAAGCAUCAAUUCUUCGGCGAUCAGCCUUCUUUAUGGUCCAGCUCUCACUUCCAUACAUCACUACUGGGAAAACCAUAGCUUUAACUAUAUGGACCUUUGUUGGCAAGGUGAUGUCUCUGCUUUUUAAGAUGCUGUCUAGGUUUGUCAUUGCUUUUCUCCCAAGACGCAGGCGUCUUUUAAUUCCGUGGCUGCUGUCACCAUCUGCAGUGAUCAUGGAGCCCAAGAAAGUAAAAUCUCUCACUGCCUCCAUUUCUUCCCCUUCUAUUUGCCAGGAGGUGAUGGGACCAGUGACCAUGAUCUUCGUUUUUUUGAUGUUGAGCUUCAAACCAUAUUUUGUGCUCUCCUCUUUCACCCUCAUUAAGAGGUUCUUUAAUUCCUCCUCACUUUCUGCCAUCAGUGUUGUGUCAUCUGCAUAUCUGAGGUUGUUGAUAUUUCUUCCGGCAAUCUUAAUCUUAAAAAUACCACGUGUAGGAGGAACUAUAUGUUGCACUUUGAGACCGCAGAACUGCACAGAUGCCCCCUUACAUGUUCUCUAAAGGAGCUCCGGUCAUCUCAUCCAUAGGCUGGCCUGGCGAAUAUUCCACUCCCUCCAACUCUGCUGCCUGGAGAGGCUCAUGUGCUAUUCUUGGUAUGUUUUUUAAAGCGAGCCUUGCUGAAGCCGCUGGCAGGAAACCCACACAAAUUGACUCAGGAUACUCAUCAUUUGCUGCAGGGAAACAUAAAGGAGAUAGAUGGGGGCAGGGAGGGAGAAUAGUACCCUCAAGUAUGCUGUCAACGCAGCGUCUCUGGGCAUUUAUCCAUAACCUUGCUUCACGUAAAGAGGCUAAGAGUGAGAUCGAAGUGUAAGAAAUAGAACAUGGAGAAAGAAAGGCAAUAAGUAUUGUUUGGCCGAGUUGUCGUUCAGAAUUGCUGUAUGCAAGCUUUCAGGUGACGCAGGUUUCUUCCCUGCGUAAAUCAAAAUUUAGGAAUAUAUGUGCAUGUGUUGCAUCAUGUAUGGGCUGUACUUAUAAACUUAUUUAUAGGCUGCCUUUAUGGGCAUAGUCCUUACAAGGCGGCUUACCUAUCAUAAAAACGCAAUACCAUUUAAAGCCAAACUAGACCGUUUUAAAUGCUAGCAGCACAAAAUUACCCGAAACAUAGACCAGUUAAAAAUAAAUGGAACAGCAGCAUGAAUUCCAGAAGCUAAAAAAGCUAUGCGUUCCAAAAGAGCUAUUUAAUUUUGGCUCCUAAAAUUAAGGCCUAAAUUUAAGAACUGGUUGGUUUUUUUUAAGCCUGUAGAUUUUAAAAUUUGCAAAGUUGAAGCCACCUGCAGUUGGGGAUGAAAUCUGGAAUUUUAAUUUUUGAGUAACUGCAACAGAUGAAUUAACUGGGUGGCUUAUCAUAAGGGAUUCCAUCCUUUGCUAACUAAACACUGACAGCAUGAGAACUUCUCAGUUGUUGCUGUUUCGCCUGCAUUUUUCAUAAUUCAAUGGAGUUCUCUGCGUCCUUUCCAUCUUGGCUUAUAUUUUGGGGCAGAUUUCAUUAAUGUCAUGAGUCACCCCAGGCUAUUUCGAAUCUAGUUACAUCAUAGGAAUCUUAUUUUAUUCCAGCAGAUCUUCCGUUCUAAUUAUAUGAGCCUCCCUCGCUGACCUUUGACCUCUUCACAUCCUUCAGAAUUCUUGUUCUCUUCUGCUCCCCGGCCAUUUCUUCUCUGUAGCAGCACACCAAGCCUUUAUGGGGAGUUAUGAGGAUCCUGUGGUUUCUCUUCAAGAGAUCUCUCCAUCCUCUUACUUUUUUUGCUUGUCAGUUUAAACAUGAAUAUCUACUGAGGGUUUCCUUAUUAUCUAUAAGAGGGGAAAUAAUAAUAAUAAUAAUAGUAAUAAUAAUAAUAAUAAUCUGGCUGGGUUUCCCCAGAAACAGAAGGGGGGGGGGAGUUGAGUGAGAUGGAAGGAACAUUGCUGUAAAUAUUUACAGCACCAUGGAGUUAAAUCUGCAAAAGAUGGAGCCCUUACAAAGGCUUGCUCUUGGCCUGUUGUGCAAAAUUAUCUGCAGUUUCUCAGCACAACGGUGGAAUAGCUAUACCUUCCAGCACAGGGGUCGAAACAGCUCUUUUAUAGAGAGGGAAAAUAAUGAGAGAGAAGAGAGAGAGCAUCCUGUAGUGUAAGCUGAUUGAAAAUAAAGGCUAACAACAUUCUCUUCUCCUUUUGCCCUGGCAAGUUCCUUUGCCUAUUUACAGCUGCCUGACAGGCAGAAAUAUAGCAGAUGAAGCUUUUCCUGCCAUGAAGACGAAUGGAUGGCUAAAGCUGCACCUGCUACAUUUCUGCAUGCCAGGUAGGUGUUAAAGACCCAGGAGUCCUGCCAGGAAACAUUUGGCAACCUUAGCUGGGGUGGGGGUGGAAAUAGUACUAGUUGUGCUGCUUACUCGCUAAUUGGUUAUGCUGGUGUGAUCUCAAUGUCUUUUUUUCUUUCUUUUAAUGGGGCACCAGUGUUUGGUUAAUUGUACCCUUAGGUCAGGGGUCAGCAAACUUUUUCAGCAGGGGGCCGGUCCAAUGUCCCUAAGACCUUGUGGGGGGCCGGACUAUAUUUGGGGGGGGGGGGAAUGAAUUCCUAUGCCCCACAAAUAACCCAGAGAUGCAUUUUAAAUAAAAGCACACAUUCUACUCAUGUAAAAUCACGCUGAUUCCCGGACCGUCCGUGGGCCAGAUUUAGAAGGUGAUUGGGCCGGAUCUGGCCCCCGGGCCUUAGUUUGCAUACCCAUGCCUUAGGUAUAGUGUCCAUUUCAUCAGCAGCCCUCAACUUCACACUGUACUUCUGAAUCACAAAGGAGAAACUGGCUAUUUUGAGGGGGUUGGGAAUAGUGUUAGAAACUCAGAUAUAUAAGCUAGGCGCCAAAUGGCUCCUUAAACCAGGGUUGCAGUCGCCAAAACAGAAUGUCCAUUUGCCAUUUUGGGGCAAGACAGCUCUAAAAUCUUAUUUUUCAAAUGAUGUACUGACUCUGAUUAUCAGUUAAACAUGUGGCUAGUGCAGAAGACAACCUUGAGCUUGGUUACGAACUUUGAGAAGAAAAGUCACUUGAUCCAGGGACGGUCCACAUAGAUAUUGGCCUAUUCCUGCCUCUUUUUCUUCAUGGUGACACGGACCAUUCAUAACAUAAGAAUAUUCUGCACAACUGUGAGCAGGGCAGUGGGGUAGGGUAAGUGGAGACAAGCUACAACAAUUAGCUAUAACGUUGUUCCCUGCACAGAAAAAGCCAAGUUUGGUUCCUGAAAUUCGUUCCGAUUCUGAAGGUAAAAUAUAACUGAUAGAAUUCUGCAGGAUGUGAAAUUAGUGUGUGGAAACAGUCAAGAUCCAAUGAUCCCCAGGCAUGCACCUCCAGAUGGUGUAGAUGUCAGGCGCCAUCUUGGCACCCAGGAAUCUUCACUUGGUCGCAAGUGGCCAAUAAAGGUAAAGGGACCCCUGACCAUUAGGUCCAGUCGUGGCCGACUCUGGGGUUGCGGUGCUCAUCUCGCUUUAUUGGCCGAGGGAGCAGGCGUACAGCUUCCGGGUCAUGUGCCCAGCAUGACUAAGCUGCUUCUGGUGAACUAGAGCAGCACAUGGAAACGCUGUUUACCUUCCCGCCAGAGUGGUACCUAUUUAUCUACUUGCACUUUGUCAUGCUUUCGAACUGCUAGGUUGGCAGGAGCUGGGACUGAGCAACGGGAGCUCACCUCGUCGCGGGGAUUCGAACCACCAACCUUCUGAUUGGCAAGUCCUAGGCUCCAUGGUUUAACCCACAGCGCCACCCGCAUCCCUUAAGUGGCCAAUAGCCAGGUGCAAAAAGCGCCUGGCACCUGCCUGAUUUUGAACACUGGUUGGGAAGGCCCUCCAACACCCAAGUGUGCAUCUGUUGAGCAGUAGUUACUUUGUUCUGUUUUAAGGACUACGUUAUCUAACACCACCCGCCAUGCAGAUAAGUAGCUAGCAUAAAGCACAGCAUGGGCAUGGCUUUAUAGAAAAGGCUGCUGGUAUCCCUGCCUCACCAAUUUUUCAGAAUUCUUUGACGCUGUCAGAACACAUGGAGGAAGUCACCCAUUGGACUUCCAAAAAGGUUUCAACAUUUCUCUUCUUUAGCUCUUGGGUAAAUUUAGCAGCCGGGGAGGGGGGGUGGGAGGGUGGAUUCUCGUGUGGUUCAGGAAUCGAUUAAAGAAAGCAAAGAAUCUAUGUGACAUUUUAACAAAUAGCAAGUUUACUGUGUCAUUAGCUUUCAUGGACUGAAGUCUACUUCAUCAGAUAGGUGAAAGGGUUAUCUUAAGAGGCGCAUUUAUACAUGGGUGGAAGAAACAGUGGGGGUCAGAUGGCAGCGGAAUGGAUAGUGGAAGGCAAUUUAAUUAUGUAGAGUAAGUUAAGGGAGGGAUUCACAACAACAAUCGCUAGUGAAAACUAAAUAAUCUUAGAUUUUCUAGGUUGCUUGGCACUAAAUUUGUAAGCUUUUGAACUCAGGAGAUCUGGGCCUCAGGGAUCUAUCCAUUCUUAAAAAUGCCUGGAAGUUAAAUGUUUUGAGAAUGCUUGGCCACAUGUUUCUGUCCAGGGUAACUCCAACAGCAGAGGUGUCAGCGGAUGAUAUCGGUCGUGUGGCUAUCCCUCCAAAUAUUUUAGGGAAAUGUUUUAGGGGACCGUCAUCUGACACAUUUCCCCAGUUGGUGCAGAUGAUGACUUCUUGCUGUUGGUGUCUGUUGGUGUUGCAGAAUGUGUUGAACUCGCAGUGCAAUUCAUUUUUUCCCCGCAUUGCUCUGAGGAAUAGAUUGUAGAAAUGUUUCGGCAGUGCGUUUAAAGGGCUGUUUGUUCAGAGUUCCACUCAGCACCAAUGGCCUGUGCCCCCACCCUCAAUUUAAGGAAGGUGGAAAGUUGUUUCAGCCUAACUGAGUUGUCCUUCGAUGCCGUCACUCGCCGACACGCCUCAGGUUAUUUUACGAGCAGAUUGCCAUCCUGUGUAAUAUAGAACAUCCAUCCAUCUUUGUUUUGGCUGCUCAUACUUCUGGACUGCGCGUUAAAUGCAGAGGCAGCUUCUCCAGCAUAGUUUGGUUCAGGAAAAAGACUGACCCACGCCUCUGAGAACACCUGAGUAGUGUUUCAGAAAUGCUACUUUAUUGCAUGAGCUGAAGUAAACUGCUUUUUAUGGAAGGUAUGUGGCAUUUUUGCUUUGCAGUACUUUGGGGGGAAAUGUUCAAGUGCCACCAAUUAAAUAGGACUAUUCUUGGAUUUUCCAAAAUUAACUGGUUUGAAAAUUCUAUCUGUUUACUAGAACUUACAGUACAGUAUCAUUCCUAGAUUUUUAUAGGGAGGUAAAAGGAAGCCGCAGUCAGAGUUCUUUUUAUCUAUUUAGGUCUUUCGGCGCAUUAUGUUCCAGACAUUUAAAAAACAAUUGCAACCAUAAAUGGCUCAGUUGCUCCCUCGAAAGCCUCUAGAUAAUGUCUCAUUCAGGAGCUGCCCAUGUAAUCCACUCUUGCUGUCUUCUCCAGAAGGAUGUGAAAGAGGAAGAAAUAAAGCAGCAUAUUAGCAGGAUAUCUCCAAACUCCAGUACACUAAAGCAGAACACUAGGUCUUUUUGGGUCCAGACUUUUGAGAAAUAGGAACUCCAGCUCAGGUAGACAUUUAGCUAAUAUUUUGAAAGGGUAGCUUUUGGAGGUAUGAGCUUUCAACAGAAAACUGCACUCAAAAUAAUAUCCUUUAAAUUCUGCUCCAAUUUCUAGAUAGCUUUCCGCCGCUCAUGUGGGAAUACUUUGAACCUGAGGUGCAAAACUCUCAUCUGAGGCGUGUUUCACGCAUGAGUCACAUGCAUCCCUUGAUCUUUCUGUCAGCUCUCAUUUGAUUGACUGUUAAAUGUGUCAGCUACUAAAAAGCCCUCUGUUUGUGAUGGCAACUCUUUGCUGCCUGUGGUGAUGGUCCAUUAUGAAGUUUGACAGUCAUGAAGUAGGGAAGGGCAUGCAUGUAUGUAUGGAUCAGCCUGGAGAUAGGUGUGACUCCGGCUAGAUUUCCAACUUUUAGAAAAUACUUCCGUCUCAGCUACUUAGCUCCUGGCUCUCACAUAUGUCUAUGGGUUAGACCCAAUCUAGUUCUCUGUGCACAGUGACUCUGUGUCAGGAGCAACUCAAACCGUGGCUUGGAGUAUCUUCCCACAGCCAUGGUUGUACUGCUCUAGCACAUUUUUGUUUGCUCGUAGGUUUGGACUCCUGGCUUUGACUUCUGGCUUAGGUGUCUCCCUCACCCCACUAAAAAACACCCCCCAGCUGACCACUGUCUCACUCCAUGACCCAACUACUGACCUUUGGUUCCCAUCUCCUGAUUUCCCUCUGACAGCUGGUUGUGGCUUAGCUCUGAUACAGAGCUGGGUAGAGUGUGGUGGUUCCUAACACACACACUGAGAACCGAGUACAGUGGUACCUCGGGUUACAUACGCUUCAGGUUACAUACUCCACUAACCCAGAAAUAGUGCUUCAGGUUAAGAACUUUGCUUCAGGAUGAGAACAGAAAUCAGGCUCCGGCGGCACGGCAGCAGCAGGAGGCCCCAUUAGCUAAAGUGGUGCUUCAGGUUAAGAACAGUUUCAGGUUAAGUACGGACCUCCAGAACGAAUUAAGUACUUAACCUGAGGUACCACUGUAUUUCCAGAGCCUUACUUGACCUUGGAUAAGCUGGCAGCACAGAUGAACAUUGAAUUGGGUACCACACAUAGCAAGGGGCUCUUGGGCAAGCUGUGUACAGCAGCUUGCAAGUGAUGUGCAGGUGUCCUGGCAUGUGCUUUUCCUGCCAUUAAAGGCUUUCCAGUGUGGAGAGCCAGUGUGGUGUAGUGGUUAAGAGCGGUGGACUCGUAAUCUGGUGAACCGGGUUCGCUUCCCUGCUCCUCCACAUGCAGCUGCUGGGUGACCUUGGGCUAGUCACACUUCUCUGAAGUCUCUCAGCCCCACUCACCUCACAUAGUGUCUGUUUUGGGGGAGGAAGGGAAAAGGAGAAUGUUAGCCGCUUUGCGACUCCUUCGGGUAGUGAUAAAGUGGGGUAUCAAAUCCAAACUCUUCUUCUUCCCUGGGCUAGACAGGCAGGAAGUUAUCUGUAGCCCAUUUUAGGUGCCAGCCUCCCAGCAAAGCCAUGGAACUCCUCACCCAAGAAGCACUUGUGAGAGGUACAUCCAAGCCAAAGUAGCUGCCUUGGAAGGAGCAGAGGUUAGUAAAGGUAAAGGGACCCCUGACCAUUAGGUCCAGUCGUGGCUGACUCUGGGGUUGCGGCGUUCAUCUCGCUUUAUUGGCCGAGGGAGCCGGCGUGCAGCUUCCGGGUCAUGUGGCCAGCAUGACUAAGCCGCUUCUGGCGAACCAGAGCAGUGCAUGGAAACGCCGUUUACCUUCCCGCCGGAGCGGUACCUAUUUAUCUACUUGCACUUUUGAUGUGCUUUCGAACUGCUAGGUUGGCAGGAGCAGGGACUGAACAACGGGAGCUCACCUUGUCGCGGGGAUUCGAACUGCCAACCUUCUGAUCAGCAAGUCCUAGGCUCUGUGGUUGAAGCAGUGGUGAAGUACCACCAAAAAGCUUCUUCCCAUCUGGAGAGAACUGUGGCUCCUGGGAGCUGCUACUAGACUGCAUCUGUGCCCUCCGAGGCACCAUGAGAUGUGAUGGCAGGGUGAUCCUUACCCUGGAUCUCUAAACCUUUGUUCAUGGGCACCUAAUCCUAGCCAUAAGGGCCCACUUUGGGUAUUCCCAGUGCUGCUGACAACUGAAUGUUCUUCAAGCUGAGAGCAAAACAACAAUCCCGUUGGGAUGGUGUGAACUAGUCACCGUCUCCUCCGGUGAUUCGGUAGGGGAGGGAGCUGGAGGCAAAGGAAACAAACACAUCAGCCUAGAAAAAGAAAGCAUCGUUUAUUAUUUAGAGGGACUCGAUAUGUUUGGAGAUGCUGAGAAAUGCUACAAAAGUGACUUGCACUUUCUGAUCCUGCACUUCCUCAGUGCAUCCAAAGUGGAACUUUUGCAUCUUUCCCCACACUAAGAUUCUCAAGAAGAUGCCUUUCUAUUCUGUGGGGAGAUUGAUCACCCUGAAUCUUUGUGUUAUCUAAAGGUGAUUUCUUUAAAUAUUUUUUAAAAUUAGGAUUUAUAAAGAAAAAUACAAAGAUUAUUAUCAAAUAGCUUUUUUUUGUCCAAACUAAAACAAUAAUCUGAAGGGGGGGGAGAGAGGAAAGAGGGUAAAGGAAAAAAGAAAGAAAGAGGAAAAGAUAGAGAAAAAGGAAUAGAAAAAGAUUUCAGAGAGAGAAGUAAAGAAGCUGAAGAACUUUUGAUUCUUCGUCUGACUUCUAUAUAUAAUUAUUUACUUCAUUCAUUCCAGUAUAAUUUCAGUUUUUCUCUCGUUUCGUUCUGUUUGAAAUCCAUAGCCCAAUUCAGUCAUUUGAUUUCUCUCCCCAUUUCCAUGUAUGCUGGAUACAUUUGAGGAGGACGGAUCAUGCCCAAUAGCUCUGUCUUCCAAACUUUUUGUGUUCAGUGCAAACAUGGAAAGGGGUUUUUCUGCGUGUAUACAGCUGUAUAUACAUUAGCUUCUCCAAAUGGUUGGACACCCAGAUUUCAUGAAGAACCUUUUUUAGCUUCCAGAUGUUCCUAAGUACAACUUGCAUCAUCCGUGGCCAUUGGCCAUGCUUGUUGGGGCUGAUGGAAGCUGUAGUUCAGCAACAUCUGGAGCGCCAAAGGUUGUCACCUCUGGCAAGGCACACAGAUCUCCUUUCAACUUGCACAGAACCAUGGAAAUCUGAUAGAUACAUAUAGUUUGUGAGAGAAUGAGUGAAGCACUAAUACUUGCUGUCAGUGAUAUCCUGUUGGAACAGAUGAGACUUCCCAUCUGAAGAAGUCUGAAGCUCAUUAUGUGUGGUGCCUCCUGUACUGGAAAAGGAAGAGCAUUUCAGAGGGUGGGUAAUACCGCAGAAGAGACCCACAUCUGAGAAAUUGUUAAACAACAGUUUGCCAGUGGUGGUAUGGUUAGCAAUGCCCCCUCUGAAGAUUUUAUGGUUCAGCUGGGUAUACAACAGAGUGGUCGUGUUUUGUAACUUCUGAGAAACCUCUGUUGUGUUUUUCUUUCUUGUAUCUCCCUUUUAAUUUUGCAUUAACAAACUUUUAUGGCCCCGGAUCAUCUGCUUGGUCCACUAAGUAUUACAUACGUAGUAUUUUGAAACACAGGGGGAAUUUGAAGUAAAGGGCAUUUUGACAGGUGUGGUCUCAUUUUAUCUAGUGGUGUACUUCUUGUGGUUUUCAUUAUGCUCAAGAUGAGAUGAAUGGGAUACUGUUUUAAUGUGCCUUGGAACAUUAUUUCUGAACUGUCACUGCCAGAUACUUUCUGCAGCCUUGGAUGGAUGCAGACCAAAGUUAGUUUGUGUGUGUGUGUGUGUGUGUGUGUGUGUGUGUGUACAGGAAGCUUUCCAGUAGAAAUGAUUCAGUGCCAAACUGCUCUACACAGGGUUUUAAAAGUGAUUUGACUUCAGUGAAUUGAUAAAAUCUCAAGAACGUUUUGAGCACCUACAUCAUGAACGGGAACUCUGUGGCCCUCCGGAUUUUGAUGAGCUACAGCUCAUCAUCAGCUCUGACCAUUGACCAUGCUGCUUGAGGCUGAUGGGAGCUGGAAUACAUUAACAUAAGAGGGCCACAGGUUCCCUGUCCUACGCAUACACACUAAUUUUACACAUAUGCUGGUGGCUUCUGUGAAUUGGUGUGACCAGCCCCACUUAGACAACACAUAGUGGAUUUCGAAAUAAAUCUAAUCCGAGACAAAGAAAGGUGGAAUUCCAGACUGUUAGAGCCACACCCCAUAGCUGAACAUUGGGGGGGGGGGUCAUUCACAAGCAGGUUGAAGUCAACUCACUUCUGCAUAUAGUAACUGCCCUGUUAUUGGAAGAAUCAUCACAAAGUUACUUCUCAUGGGGUGAAUAUUUCAUUUUAAUAUGCCUGUUUAUGAUUCAGAGCAGAUAUUUGCACCAUGGGGGGGGGGGAGCAACGAAAAUUAAUUUGCCCUGAUAGGUAAGUGGCAACCUUUGCCAACAAACAGGGCAUACAAACAAAAUAACCCCAAGUAUGGUAAAAUUGCCUUAUGUUGACCUUUCUGUAUCAAAAACAAUGGGUGGAACUGGGCGAUGUUUUAAGACCAUUGAGAAAAAUGAAGAGUCCAUCAUUCCUCCAGGGGUUGUUGAUCCUCUCCUGAUUUCAUCCUCUAAUUUUAGUAAAAGAGCUAAAAGCAUGCAUGUAUGUAUGAAAAAACGAAUAGCAAAUCAUGAAAUCAGAAAUACAUACGUUGCUGAUAAGGAUAGGAGCUGCUAUUUGGCAAACUGUAAAACACUAGGUAAAUAAAAAGGUUUUCAACUGGUGCCUGAAACCUAACCAUUUGGGAGACAAGACACACCUGAGUCAAGGCCACAUCACAGAGAAGGCUGCCCUGUGUAUCCCCUCACCCUGAAUCUUGGCAGGGUCUGCAAGCAGAUUUAGUUGUCUGAUGUUGCUGAGAUUUGGGUCCCAAGCUGUUUAGGACUUGUAUCCGUCACUAGCGCUUUAAAUCAGAUCUUGAAUCUGAAGCCUUGAAUUGAGGUUAGAAUAAUAUACAUGCAACUGUUGCCUCAGCAGCUCAAGGAAAUCGGCAUUUGCUACAGCCAGCUAAUCUUCUCUGUCCUGCUGUUCCCCGGCAUCAUUUUUUUAAUUAUUUUUUUAUUACUAAGGAAAACGACUGGCUUAAAUUUGGCACAGUUCCUCCAUCCCCACCAAGAGUGCACGAGGCAUUUCCUCAGAUUAAUCCUGCUACAACAGAACCUCAGCUUCCCUCUCUGGUUUCUAGCAAACCUUUUAUUGAUUAUAACGAAAGCUGUGCAGCGGAAUAGUACAGUGGUAUAGGAUCUGCUUAGUUUUCAGUAGAGAUAGUAGGAGGAACGGCCGAGUCUGCUACCUAGUCUGGAACGUUCUUGGAUCUUUGUUGACCGAGGAACAAUGAACAUGCUGCGCUGCUGAACAUUGGAGUGUUAGGCCUUCCAUUUUGUAACGUUCCUUCCCUUUGGUCUGACAAUUUCCCAGCAUUUAAAGGUGAGACAGGCUUGUUUUUACCAGCCCACAAGACAUUUACAACAAAAUUAUACUUCACUUUUCCUCUGAGGAGGUUAAGGUCAGGUACAUAGUUCAGAGCAGCCCCUAUGAAGCUGAGAGAUGGUGACUUGCCCAGGGUCACCCAGUGAGCAUAUCCUCGCCCAUUUAUGUUAGCUAAUUACCUGUGGCAUAUUGAUGACUUGAAAGGGAGGGGAAACUGUUUUUACUCAUCACAUACAACCAGAAUAGUAGCUCUUAAUAAGCCUGAAGAGAGAAGUGGAUUUUGAUAUGGAAUACUAUUGCAGAAAAGAGGCAAGGAAUUUUAAAGCCUCGACACCCCAUGAUGGGGUCCAUUUGUCCAGGAGAUGUUGUUUCCUGGCAGAGGAGUUGUUUAGUUGUUGUUUUGCCAUUACUGUGAUAACAAGUGGCUAUCAAGUGAGAUUCUGAUUUCAGAAGCUGACAAAUCUAAAACCAGCCAGGGCAAGUUUAGGACAGUUGUAUCUCGAGGUGGUGAUCUGUUUGGGUUAAGAUCUGUGUUUUCUCACUUGACAUCCAGUCUAAUAACAACACAUUUUCAAACUGCCCAGUUCUAAUCUGCUUUGAACUUUCACAGUACCAUAUUUUUCGCCCUAUAGGACACACCUAGAUUUUUUUUGGGGGGGGGGGGAAUAAAGUAAACAAAUUUUAUUUCCCCACCCCCAGGCGUGGGGCUGGGGUGGGGGAAGCCCGAGCUUCCCCCGACCCCAGCCCCCAGAACGGGUCCCAGAGCGAUGCCGAAGCCGUGGGCAGCUUCAGCAUCGCUCUGGGAGCUUGCGGCUGGGGGAGGGGGAAGCCCUCCGCCAGCCUCCAAACCACGUCGGGAGACAGCGGGAUGGCGCGCUGCGCCUCCCCGCUGUCCCCCGAGCUUGUGGGGCUGGCGGUGGGGCUUUCGCUGAAGCCGGGAGAGCGAUAGAGGUCGGUGCGCACCGACCCCUCUCGCUCUCCAGGCUUCAGCGAAAGCCUGCAUUCGCCCCAUAGGACGCACACACAUUUCCCCUUCAUUUUUGGAGGGGAAAAAGUGCGUCCUAUAGGGCGAAAAAUACGGUAGGUACAUUUCCCCUCUUAGCCUCUAAAAUAGACUUUCUUUCUUUCUUUCUUUCUUUCUUUCUUUCUUUUUUUCUUUCUUUCUUUCUGGCAUGUAUUGCAUUUUCCCGAGGUAGCUGUCAAUUGGAUAAGGAAACUACCAGUGUUCAAAGCCUUUCUCUCACAUUUUUAACUUCUCACCAUAUUAAGUCAUCAGCAGGGUUUCUGCCUUCUGUAGAUAGGUUUUGGCAAGAGAUUCUGCAUUUUUUAAAAAAAAAUAAUAAUCUUGGGAUAUAGUUUACUUGCCUGAGUCACCACAUCUUUCUUGCCAAAACUAAAACUGCCAUCUUGGGGACGGACGGCACGUUCUGCCUCAGCCUCAUGUCUUCAACACCCUGCUACUGUUUCUCCUCUGCAAGUUGGGGUGGUGGUGCCAGAAGGUGUUGAUACAUGUAUUGAGGUGGCGGAGAAGUGGGCAGAGGGGGCUUAACCCACCAACCCACCCCCAGCUGCUUCCUUCUGCAGCCCAGAUUACAGGCCCAUGUUUCUGUGUCAAAGACAGGUUGCGGCAGGAUUAAACUCUCUUUGCUUGCCUGCCCACGUAUCACACCUUCUGAAUUCCCCCGCACCCCUACCUUCAGAUGAGAAUGGGAGCUGAGUGUGGAAGACAUGAAUGUGCAAUUCCCCUUCCCCAUGGCAGUUUUAAUUUUGGAAGGAAAAAUGGAGGAGGGGCCCCCAAUGGAAGAAAACCAGUGAGCAGGAGAAGGGUUAAAUAUUUCUCCCACUUAUUGCUCCCCCCCAUGCAAAUUAAGCCCUUCUAGCAGAGGGGAAGGUAAAGGUAAAGGGACCCCUGACCAUUAGGUCCAGUCGUGACCAACUCUGGGGUUGCGGCGCUCAUCUUGCUUUAUUGGCCGAGCGAGCCAGCGUUUGUCCGCAGAAAGCUUCCGGGUCAUGUGGCCAGCAUGACUAAGCCACUUCUGGUGAACCAGAGCAGCGCACGGAAACGCUUCGCCCCGGAGCGGUACCUAUUUAUCUACUUGCACUUUGAGGUGCUUUUGAACUGCUAGGUUGGCAGGAGCAGGGACCGAGCAACGGGAGCUCACCCCGUCACGGGGAUUCAAACCGCCGACCUUCUGAUCGGCAAGUCCUAGGCUCUGUGGUUUAACCCACAGCGCCACCCGUGUCCCAUUGCAGAGGGGAAGCAAUGGCCAAAACUCAUUGACUAGACUAGGGUGAAACAGAAGGCAGUUCCUCCCUUGGAAAGUUAACGUUGUUCUUCCUGCCCUUUGUCCGUGUUAGACUAGCUACAUUUUUGUUGUUUUUGAAGUUAGAUUAGGUACAUUUUUGUUGUUUUUGAAGUUAUUUAUUUGUUAAUUUAUUCCAUAAACUUUAUACAAUUCUUUAUUGCAACUAGCUACAUUUUUGUAAAGGUUUUCCUUAUUCUUAGUAACAAUGGGGGUCCUCUUAGGACUGCCACGUUUUGUUCCAGCGUGGUUCUUGUGCUUUUAAUUUUGGUGUAACAGUCUGAAAUCCAACAGACACACAUACAGUCGUACCUUGGUUGUCGAACUUAAUCCGCUCGACUCCCGAAAGGGUUCGAAAACCAAGGUACCGCUUCCAGUUGGCUGCAGGAGCUUCCUGCACUCAGUUGGAAGCAGCAGAAGCCUCGUCGCACAUUCGGCUUCUGAAAAAAUUUCGCAAACCAGAACACUCACUUACGGGUUUGCAGCGUUCAGAAACCAAAACGUCCCAAGUACCAAGGCGUUUGACAACCAAGGUACAGUACGACUGUACAGUGAUAGAGAAAUUCCCCAUUACGAUGAGGUUUUUUUUAAUGAGAAUGCAACUGUUAAAGGUACUGGAACCCACUUAGUUUUAGUUUUACAGACAACCAUAGGUAUUAUAAAAGGGCUGUAGAACAGGAUCUAGCAACACUCCUUCACAGGCUUAGGCUUGAAUCCUGCACACCUUUACCUGGAAUUCACCUUGAACUCAAGUGUGACUUACUUCUGAGUAGACAUGGGAUUGUGCUGUUAGUGGAUGGACCUCAUGCCUCAAAAGUCUUCAUUUCAUAUAAAUUCUUCUGAUGUGUAUUUUUUGAAGUUGAAAUAGCUUUAAGAAAAAUAAAUGGCUAAAAAUGAAUAAAUUGCUAACAACUUAAAAAGUGCUAGCUGGCAAGUUGACGCCAGCUGUUUGCCAAGUUUGGAAAGAAGAGCUAUAUAUGCAGAAGUUCAUUCAGCAGUAAUGCAAAGAUAGAGCUUGGUAUUUUUGUCAUUUAUUUUAACCUUGCACCUGCAACACACAAGUGCUUCUUGGUUGAGAGAAUAGAGUUACAAAUAAUACAAGUACAAAUAGGUACAAAUAAUAACGUUGCUGUUGUUGUUUAUUGAUGAUGUUGUUAUCAUCUCAAGUCCAAUAAAACAACAGCCUAGCUGAUAAAAUACAACGGAUAAAGAUUUUUAAAACUGUGUCAACUCAGAGGUAGGGAUGGCGGACAAAUUAGAUUUAAUUCACAUUGAAAGGCAAUCCUACCUAACUACAAAACAUUACACGAACUGAAAUUCAGGCAUUGUUUGAAUUCACACUUCAGAUUUUUCUUUGCAGUUCUCUAGCCAAGCAGUCUUCACUAACACACAUAUGCUAGGUCCAAGUGCUCAUACAAAUGUAUUUAUUAGUGGAAGCAACAUUGGAAAGGCAUUGAAUUAGGGAAAAUUGCUUUACAAAAAUGUGUAGAUUAUGCAAAACUGCAUAAAAAGCCUAUGUAGUAGUAUAAAUUUGCUGAUGAAUUUUCACGAGGACUUAAAAAUAAUAAUCACAAACUUAUGUGGGAUUGUGGAGAACUGAACUAAACAUUAGAAAAAUGGGAAACUGAGUUUGACCAAAUUGCCAGUCCCUACUCAGAAAUCAGGGACGGGGGUGGCGCUGUGGUCUAAACCACUGAGCCUUGGGCUUGCCGAUCGGAAGGUUGGCGGUUUGAAUCCCCGCGACGGGGUGAGCUCCCGUUGCUCGGUCCCUGCUCCUGCCAACCUAGCAGUUCGAAAGCACGUCAAAGUGCAAGUAGAUAAAUAGGUACCACUCCGGUGGGAAGGUAAACGGCGUUUCCGUGCGCUGCUCUGGUUCACCAGAAGUGACUUAGUCAUGCUGGCCACAUAACCUGCAAACUGUACGCUGGCUCCCUUGGCCAGUAAAGCGAGAUGAGCACCGCAACCCCAGAGUCAUCCGCGACUGGACCUAACGGUCAGGGAUCCCUUUACCUUUACCUUACUCAGGCCAGUAGGUAUACAUUUGCAGCUUAUAUUUCAGGCAGAGAUUUUUGUGCCCCCUCCAACUUUUCUCCAGCAGGUCCCUCAUACCCUGGCUGCUAUGGGGUAAAACCCAGAGUCCUGCCUGCUUCAACAAGCAAAAGGGGACUGUCAUUGAGGACCAGCUUUUCAGUCUGCCCCUGCAGCUAUGCCUUUGAAUAGCUGCACAAAAAGCAAGAAUUAGCCAGCAAAACAUUUCUCCUGUACAGAGGUGAACAUUAUCACAUGCAAAUUGCAAUAGAUCACACUAUUGGUGCUUUGUUUUUUAAAGACAUCGUUACAGGUGCUAGUUGCAAAGUUGGCAGCCUUAGACAGACACAAAUCUGGCAACCCUACAGUUGGGUUUCAUAACUGUAAGUGUUGAUUUGCAGCCACUUUAUAAAAAUUGAGGCUUUUUAUUUAUCUAGGUUUAUAACGGGCUCAUAAUUGCUGCCCUUUGCUGGGUUAGGAUUUUAUUUAUUUUUUUGCCAUUGAGAAGCAGGAUACUGAGGUUUGCAAAGGUUAUUAUUAUUAUUCCAGGGAUCUAGAACCUGGAUGUUGGGCAGGGAAGGACAGAGGAGAAGAGACUGACUUGCAGUCUUGGGAUGGGGCUGCAUUAGGUGUUCCCUCCCUUGCCUUUAUGUUACUUCAACUUGUUUGAUCUAAUUUAUAACUACAUGCACCAGGUUGCACAAACAGGGUCGUUUGUCAUUUUUGUUGGCUAUUUUCAUGCACUGCUAAUUGUUCCUUAAAACCAAGGAAUCUUUGCUGUUUUUACACACCCACACACAGACACACUCCUCUGCUAGAGUUGCCAGUCCUUUCCCUGGCAGACAUUCCAUGCCUUUAAAUAGCUCUUUGGCUUUUAGAAAUUUAGCAGGGGAAGCUUUUUUCCCAUGACUUCUUCUCCAGGCCUAGAAAAGUUUCCUCUGCGGAAAUGCUGCACAUCAGGCAGUUCUCCCUUAAAGGCCGAGGAUCACUGCCACCCAUGUAGAACUCGGUGCUCCCUCCCUCUUUCCUGCCCAAACAAAUGCCAUAGAUUUAUUCCUACAAUUGCCUUCUUUUCCUUGCAGGUGUCUUUUUUUUAAAAAAACAACAACAGAACAAUACUUUAUUUAGAAUUCAACAAUAACAAAGGGAAAACAGUAGUUGUUACCGUAUUUUUCACUCUAUAAGACACACCUCCUAAAAAGUAAGGGGAAAUAUGAGUGCGUCUUAUGGAGCGAAUGGCGCAGCACUGAGAGGUAGAGCUGUGCAGCGCCCCUUCAGCGAAGCGGGAGGAGAAAUGGAGCCCCUUCUGUUCCUCCUCCCACUUCGCUGAAGGGGCGCUGCGCAGCUCUCCCUCUCUGCGCAGCGCCUGUCCUGCAAAGCCGGAGGAGGAACAGAAGAGACUCCUUCUGUUCCUCCUCCCGCUUCGCUGAACGGGCGCUGCGCAGUUCUCCCUCUCAGAGAGGGAGGACUGCGCAGCACCCCUUCAGCAACGCGCCUGUCCUGGCUUCUGCCUUAGCCGUGCGCAGCCUCUUUGGGCAGGGGGAGCCUUCAUCCCACUGCCCUGAAGAGGCUUGGCGUGGUUAUCCCAGAAGCCAGAACAGCCACACGGUAUCCCAGAAGCCAGAUCCCUCUUGCUGUUCUGGCUUCGGGAUUCAGAAUAAUUUUUUCUUGUUUUCCUCCUCCCAAAACUAGGUACGCCUUAUGGUCUGGUGUGUCUUAUGGAGCGAAAAAUAUGGUACAUCAAAUCAUUACAAUUAACCAAUUACACGACAUCACUUUUAACUUACUGAGGUUUUCCUAUUACACUUUUAUCUCUUUAUCUUUUUCUUAACAUAUCAAAAGGAGAAAGACCAAGAAAGGAGACACAAAAAGGAAAAGAGAAGAAAAAGAAGAAGGAGGGGAGGAGUGAAGGGAAGGGGGGGAGGAAAAAGAAAACAAAGCAAAACAAACACAUUUGGCUUCCGAUUAGACUCAUUGUGUUAUUAUUUCUACAGUUUUUUCACACACAGUUCCAAGUUAUUGUAUUUCUUUCUUUGUUUUCAUCAGAUAUCGAAAAACAUAUUUGUUGCUUUCCUUGCAGGUGUCAGGUGCCUUGAGAAAUGCGUGGCAAGCAAGGUUUCAGCUAAUGCAGCUUUUCCAGAUUAGAGGAGCAGCGAUAGCAGAAAGUUUUGCUUCCUGCACACAUGCCAACCAUGCGGCUGCAGGCAUUGGAGUGCUUUCAGAAAACAUGGUUGCAAGCAGGGCCUUUGUUGCGUUGAUUGGUGGGAGCACUUGCAGUUUGCUUGUCUCCAUAUCCUAUCAUAUCAGGCAUCCAGAACCUACGGUCCUCCAGAUGUUUUGGCCUACAACUCCCAUGAUCCCUAGCUAAGAGGACCAGUGGUCAGGGAUGGUGGGAAUUGUAGUCUGAAACAUCUGGAGGGCCGAAGGUUGGGGAUUCCUGUCCUAUAUGUUGUUACGGGUUUUCUCUACCUGUGUUGUAACGCAUCUAAUACAGAAAUGUGUAACAUCCCGCCUCCCUAUAUAUAUGCACUUACAUUUAAUGCCUUGUUUGUAAAUAAAUAAGUAAAUAAAUUGCAGUUCCACACAAAUUAUGUUUCCAUUGCCUCAUCUGUGUGUACAGGCAACCCCUGAUUUGUGUGGGGGUCACGUGCCUGGUCAUCGUGUGUGAUGGCCACUUCCGAGUCAUCGCGAUGCAUGUGGGGGCGUCAAUUGGACAUGCAUAAAUCUGUCAUUCCCUCUAUGGAAAAAGGGAGGCAGCACAAUACCUACUGGUACUCAAAGUCUGUCAGCAAAAUCAGGCUGCUUGGCGCAGUUUCUUCCCGUUUAACCUCCGUCUUUUGUUUCAAGAUGGGAGCUCCAUUUUAGAACUCCCAAUGUGGAAGACAGAUUUCACAGGGAAGAGAAAAAUUAAUUUUAACUGCAGUUUCUGUUAGAGGUUUAUCUUGAAACGAGGCUUUGACAAAAUACCUCAAAGACUUGCAGAAUCAAAGCACUUGGAUGUCUCUUUGCAGACUGUCAGCUGGUGCUAAAAUAUUUUCACCAGCCAUUUCACAUUUCAUUUAAAUCAUCAAACAGCUCCAGUUCACAGUUGUACAUAAAGCCUAACACUUCCCUCUUGUUCCUUACUUUUGAUCAUGUAUUAGCCCUGGUUGUAUUGUCACGCAAAGUUUUCACCCGGUGUUGCUGUUUUUUUUAAUUGCCUGUCUCUCUAACUACCAGACAGUUGCUCUUUUGAAAUAGCGCAGGCUGCUCUUCUUUUCAUUCAUCUGCCCUGUUCUUUGCUAAGGCUGUUUGUGCUGAACAAUUCACUUCGAUUUUGCAAAGUGUUCCAAUAUGUUUUAGCUCCUAUUAUUGCUGAGAGAUAACCCUAAGGAUUGUUAUGAGUUUGAGAGUGGGGAGGAAGCAAGAUGUAUUUGAGAUCCUUCUAACCUCUGGAUGCAGCAAAUUCCAAAGGAAGAAUACAAUUACAAGAUAAUAAAUGAAUAAUCAUAGAAAGUUUUAAAAAGAAUGAGUGGUGUAAAAAAAUACAUGGUUUAUGUUGUUUAGUCGUUUAGUUGUGUCCGACUCUUUGUGACCCCAUGGACCAGAGCACGCCAGGCACUCCUGUCUUCCACUGCCUCACGCAGUUUGGUCAAACGCAUGCUGGUAGCUUCGAGAACACUGUCCAACCAUCUCGUCCUCCGUCGUCCCCUUCUCCUUUUGCCCUCCAUCUUUCCCAACAUCAGGGUCUUUUCUAGGGAGUCUUUUCUUCUCAUGAGGUGGCCAAAGUACUGGAGCCUCAGCUUCAGGAUCUGUCCUUCCAGUGAGCACUCAGGGCUGAUUUCCUUCAGAAUGGAUAGGUUUGAUCUUCUUGCAGUCCAUGGGACUCUCAAGAGUCUCCUCCAGCACCAUAAUUCAAAAGCAUCAAUUCUUCGGUGAUCAGCCUUCUUUAUGGUCCAGCUCUCACUUCCAUACUUCCAUACCAUACUACAUGGUUUAUAUUGGUACCAAAUAUUCAUGAAUGUUGCCAAAUAGACUCAUAUUUAGUGGUAAUGUGCCAAGCCAAACUCUAUUUUAAAGACAUUCUUCCCCUCUGCCAGGUUUAGGUCAGCUCAGCCAGAACUUGUGAUGUAGCAGAGUUUGUCUUUUCUGAAAAUGCAUCACAUAUGCAGGGGGCAUAAAUGCGAAAAGGAACGGCUUCAGGGUAAUCUCUCUCAAGGCACAGAGGAAUGAUGGCAAGCCAUGCAUGCAGAGAACCCAUGUUCCUUAUCAAAGUCACAAGGAUUUGACAGACAUAUAAAUAGAAACCCCCUUAAAAAAAAAAAGACUUGCAGAAAGCAAAAAAUGCUGAAUGACAGGCAGGCUGUGACUUUUGAUAGGUAAUCUUUCUCUCUCUCAAUGCAUGGCACCAGAGGGCGUCCAGCAUUGCUUGUGGUGAGAGCCGAUUCCUACAAAAUUGCUUUUAGAUGCUUUGUUUAUAUGCUAGAAUCAGCAUAACCUGCUUUGGCAAAUCCAGGAGGUAUGUGGGAGAUGAAGACAUCAAUGUAUUCAUCCAUAUCAGCUUGAAUGGGCACUACUAGCAUUCCUGGUGAAGGCAUGUGUUUCUUGAAUUUCUUCGGUAAUACAAAAUACCUGCUUUUUUAAAAAUGGAAAUAUUAAAAGUAUAUUCACUAAUAGUUAAUGUGGUACGUUGCUCCGUUAUGGGGAGAAGGGAAGUGUGUGUGUCUCUUUUUCCAAGUACAGUGGUACCUCGGGUUAAGUACUUAAUUCGAUCCGGAGGUCCAUUCUUAACCUGAAACUGUUCUUAAUCUGAAGCACCACUUUAGCUAAUGGGGCCUCCUGUUGCCGCCAGGCCACCGGAGCACGAUUUCUGUUCUCAUCCUGAAGCAAAGUUCUUAACCUGAAGCACUAUUUCUGGGUUAGCGGAGUCUGUAACCUGAAGCAUAUGUAACCUGAAGCAUAUGUAACCCGAGGUACCACUGUGCUUGCAAAGUGAUGUAAAAAUUCAGCUCUUUAAGAAAUGAAGCUUUUCUCCCAAUGGGAAAAAAGUGGUGGUACGUUAAGAAAAUGGAGAUAACAACACAGUAAGCCACAUUUCGUCCACAGGGGCAUCUGAUAACUUAGGCCUGGUUUCGACAAGCCUCAGAUCAUGUGAUAAAAGCUGUUCCUGGCUCUGUUAUUUGGACCAGCAACAGAGGAUUUGCAUGUUUGAAUGUUUGCGGGGGGGUGGAAAUGUUAGGAUAUUUCCGUUCCACCUUAAAAGGGAGCAGGCUGUGAGUCACAGAGUCUGCGUAUUUCCUGUUCACAGGAUGUUUAUGUUUUAUGUUGCUUUCGUUUUCUCUCUCUGUGUCGUAGACACUAAAGCAGGCAGUCAUGUUUUUCUGUGUUCUGAUCAACGCUGAAUAAACUUGUAAAUAAUGAUCUCCUGAGUGCAACUUUUGGCUGUGCAUUAUCUGCUGAUAGAGUGUGCAUGAGCUCUGGAAUGUGGCAAGAUAUUUUCUAGAAACUCAUGUUGCUGCGUGCCUACAGGAGGUCGAUGGAUCGUCCGGCAGACGGCUUGGGGGCCUUGAUGGACUUUAUCUCCCUGGCAGUAUCCCAACAGGAAUAGCGUGUCAGAGUGAAUGCUAGGCUGGAACCCUGUUCCUCGACGUCCAGUUCUUUAUGAGUAGAGAGUUUCUUUAAAUACAGGAAGAUUCAAUCAUGCUGCUGCUCCCUCCUGCAGUCUUUCGAUAGCUCUGUCGGUAGAGUGUGAGAUUCUUCACCUCAGAGUUGUGUGUUCAAGUCCCGCAUUGGGCAAAAGAUUCCUGCAUUGCUGGGGUUGGACAAAAUGACCCUCGUGGUCCCUUCCAACUCUUAUGAUUCUGUUAUCUGUGGAGAAGGUGCUGCCCAUGUGAUUUGCUCUUUGCCCACGUGACCUGUCAUCAGCACUGUAUUCGCCAGUUAGGGCCAAACCGAGAUGUAGAUGCAGCAUAUCCAGAUGUUUUAAAGCCUGGAUUUGCCCAAACUGCAUAUAAAGGGGUGGAGGGAAUAUGGUUUUUAAAAGCAAAAGUGUUACGUGGGCAGAGACCGCUGAAGGUGGCAGUGCAUCUACCCAGACUCAGUUCCCCCCCUCCUUUACUUGAGCUAUGCAACGGAAAGUUCUUGGGCAAAUGCGUCUAAGAACGGCAGGGGUCAGCAAACCUUUUCAGCAGGGGGCCGGUCCACUGUCCCUCAGACCUUGUGGUGGGCCGGAGUAUAUUUUGGAAAAAAAUAAUAAACAAAUUCCUAUGCCCCACAACUAACCCAGAGAUGCAUUUUAAAUAAAAGCACACAUUCUACUCAUGUAAAAACACCAGGCAGGCCCCACAAAUAACCCAGAGAUGCAUUUUAAAUAAAAGGACAUUCUACUCAUGUAAAAACACGCUGAUUCCCGGAACGUCUGCGGGCCAGAUUUAGAAGGCGAUUGGGCUGGAUCCAGCCUCCAGGCCUUAGUUUGCCUACCUAUGACCUAUGGCAGCAGAGAAGGUGUACGUAACCAGCAACACGGACAAAUGUUGCACUGUUUGCCAUCACCAGCAAUAGGAAACAAGUCAUUGAAUCAUAAACCCUGAGUAUCAUCUGGUCCAAUUCCCAUCACCCUUGACCAUCACUAGCUAGGGAUGAUGGGAGUUGUAGUCCAAAAACAGCUGGAGGACCAAGUUUUGGAAGCCCUGAUUUAGUCCAACCCCCCUGCAAUGCAAGAACAUGCAGCUGUCCCAUACAGGGAUCGAACCUGCGACCUUCGCAUUAUGAGUACCACACUCUAACCAGCUGAGCUAUUUCCUCAAUCCUCAAAGGUAUGAAUUGAGGGCUGAGGUGGGCAGAGAACAGCGAUUGCUUCUGAAGUUCAGAUUAUGCCCAGGGGGACAGAUCCAGAGCCUUGAGAUUUCAGCAUUAAGAGUUAACUUUGGGUCUUUCCUGAAAGCAGCGUGCACAGCCUAGUUCCAUUUCCACCUAAUGUAUUCAGUGCCAGCGGACAGUUGCCCUUUCUUCCCAUUCAAAAGCGGCUCGCUAUUCAGAAAACCUGCAACAGCUCAUUUAGCUCUUUAGUUACCAGCCUCAUAAAGCCUGAGGUAUAAAAGGGUGACCCUUCAGACACGAAUAAUGGUGGUUCCAUGACUCGACACUUUUUGUGCCUCUGUUUUAGUUUAGUAAUCUAGAUAAGGUUUGGUCCUCCAACUAGUUCCUCUGUUAGAUAUUUGGCUCACAGUAUUCUAACGUUCCCCCUGCUGCCCUUCUCGUGGGAUAGGCAAUACAGACAAAAGAGACAUUGUUGUGCUGGACUUUGCAUUAGCUGUCUUGACAACAGUUGGCCUCUGCACACAGUUUUCGCUUUUUAUCCUUUUAUUGUCGUCCGGUGCCAAGAAGAACAUGGAUUUUACUUUGCUUAAAAAUAAAAAAUAUUAUGGCAAGUUCCUUUGGAAAAAAUCUGAGAUACAGUACAACUUUCUAUUUAUAUAUCCCCCCCAUACCAACCAUGAAAAUAAUUCAAUUCCUUUUUUUAAAAAAAGAACCAGAAAGAUGUAUAUGAUAAAAUGAGUGCUCAUUACUAAACUCUUGGCAACAAAUUUCAGCGCAAAAAGAAAGGACAGAGUUGACAAGAUUUUUGGCAGUUUGCUAAACAGGACCAGGGUAAAUUGCUUUUUAAAGUGAUUUUGGGUGGCUUUUUGUCAUUUUAGCUGGAAUCCCUCCCCUCCCCUGUGUAAAAUACUUAGCUUGAUGUACUUUAUCAGUUUAAUAUAUUAUUUUAGUGUUGCAUGAGAAAUGCAUUUUCAGUUUUAAGUACAGCUAGAAUGGCUGCCAUCCAAAUAAUGAAUUAGUGAAGCAAAAUGCCAAAUUUCCUUUCAUACUGGAGAAGCUCUGUGCAUUAUAUCAUUAAAAGAGAAUCCUAUAUUGCAGUGAUUCCCAUUUAACUAAGGAAGGCAGACCCCCUGUUUUUCAAAAGCCAAAGCAUGGACCUCCUACUUUGGAAAAUUUUGAUAUCUCUAUGGUAUUUUUUGUUAUUUGAAUGGUGCCACAGACCCCCUGGGUGGGAGCUUCUGGGGUCUGUGGACCACCAGUUGGGAACCACUGCUGGUAUGUUUAUGACUUAAGGCAACAUGGCUUUUGUGAACUGCUAUUUUUUUCUGGCGGUAUGGCCACCACUUGGGAUGAUUCCUAAACCGCUUCCAGAUUUAAACUCAACUCCUUCAGCACUCCAGUUCAGCUGUACUGUAUACUUUGAGCAAGAGAAUAAAUCUGUAGGGUCAACUAGUGUGCUCCUUCGUUCUACAUACAAAGUAGACCUUAGUUGUGCUGCUGUGCCAGAGAUAAGUAAAUGUCCUUUCUGGGAGCUUCAUAUUUAGCCACAGUAUGUUUUAGGUCUGUUAAGGGAAGAAACAAUGCUGUCCAGGGUUGUAAAGACUGUGGAGAGAAUAAUUGGGUGCACUCUUCCCACCUUGGAUCAAAUCUGUGAACAUGGGCAGAUAAACACAGGUUGAGUUAUUAAGGGGCAUGUGCUAAAUCAGUAGCCAAGUGUUAUAAUCCAUUAGAGCAGCUUAGAAAGCUAAUUUCCUGGAUUCUGAAUCACAAAAGGAGACUCUGUGAGUACAGGGUGCUCCUAACUUCAGAAGUUCACCACCCAGUUUGCGGAGCAGGGUGGUGAAAGAAGGGAACGUUCUCCUUUUCAAGAUGGUACUCGUGUAGCGGGCUGUAACGCCUGCAGAGGCCUAAUCAAAUCGCCCGGUGCCAAAACUCAGAUGCCCUUGACCUAAACACUUGUGACCAACGCCACUUAGGGUCACAGGAAUUUGCCACAACUCCCUCUUGUUUCACCUUUUGAGCUUUCCUUCAUAGUUAGAUUUGGCCAGUGUCGGAAGCAACUGCAUAAGUCAUUCCUUCCACCCAAACGGACUCGCGCUUCCAGAACCGCAGCCUUCCCCGCCAUCCCAUGACUGUGCCAAAUGGCUUUUAAAAAUGAGCGAAGCUUCAAAAGCAAUUUAUGAUAUAGCCCAGACGGAGGUUGCUCUAAGUAUGACUGACAACUGAAGAGUAGCUUCUUGGAUCCUGGCCGUUUCACGUGCUCUCCCUUUUCUGCUCACAUUUCUGGUGCAGUUGUGAUGAAUGUGCCACUCGUUGCUACUUUGUCGUAGUUAGACGGAGCCAUUUCUUUUAACGCAGAGAGGGCCGCUAUAACAAUAGUUUUCUAUGAGGGCAAGCGUAACCUUGCCUACACAGGUCAAGCGGUUGUUUGUUUUCUUUAAACUGCCUCUAAAGGGAAGGAAGAGCUCUAUCAUAGGAAUGUGGUGAAAGCUAAAGUACAUUUUAAUUGUGUUCUGUGGUCGGGAAUGGGCAAAUUUAGAACUGUACGCAGCAGGUCUCCCACUGAUAAAAAAACCCCGGGACUUGGAUGGGUGGUAUCGGGACAAUGCACAGCUAACUUCAUUUCCGAUUAUGCAAGGUCUUUUGAGAACCAUCAGUCCUUUGGUUUUGUUUGUUAGGAAGCUUGACUAAUCAUGGCGGCAUGGUGCCGCAGCCACAGCCACUUCCUGAAAUAGUAUGGACUUAAAAGUAAAGGUAAAGGGACCCCUGACCAUUAGGUCCAGUCGUGGACGACUCUGGGGUUGCGGCGCUCAUCUUGUUUUAUUGGCCGAGGGAACCAGCAUACAGCUUCUGGGUCAUGUGGCCAGCAUAACUAAGCCGCUUCUGGCGAACCAGAGCAGCGCACGGAAACACCGUUUACCUAUUUAUCUACUUGCACUUUGACAUGCUUUCGAACUGUUAGGUUGGCAGGAGUAGUAUGGACUUAAUUUCUAGUAAUUAAUUCCGUUUGGGUGUCAAGCAAAUACUAACGUGGGACGUUGCUACUCAUGGCUUUGAAAGUCCUGACCUGUAAAACCCUAAAAAUUGCCAGAUGCAUUGAGAAGAAUAGAUCACAUUGCUGAUUUGAUCCUCGUUUGGAAGGUUUCGUCAAGUCACGGUUCACAGGUUUAGAUGUAAAGGCGUUUCCGUUGUUUUAUUCUUUGUGUAAACUGUCCUGGGAAUACAACUGAAGGAUGGUAACAGAAAUACUUACAAUGCAUAACACAGUAUACGAAGCUGAAAGCAGAGAGGGAAUGUGGAGACGCAGGGCUUGUUCCAGAUCGCCCAAACCAGGACAUCUGAAUCUCACCAAUGGGACUUAAGCCAACUUGCAACUGAGAUUGGUUCCAUUGAUUUUGGUGAGACACUAUAGCUCAGAGCCAGCUAUGUUUGCACAGUGGACAUAAGUCCUAUUGAAUUCAUUUGGACUUACUCCCAGGUCAGUAGGGUUAGAACUGCAGCCUUAGUCAUGACUGACGACUUUUGAUGUGUUGGUGACUCACACUAAUGUUUUUGCAUCAAGAAACCCUGUGCAAGUACUUCUGCCUGCACAGCAAGGACCCCCCCUCCAUAUUGGCUCAAGGGGCUGUCAGGAGAACCCCAGAACAGCAGGGGGAGGGGGUAUUAUUAUUAUUAUUAUUAUUAUUAUUAUUAUUAUUAUUCACAUCUGACAAGCUGGAAUGCUUGCACAAGUAGAACUGUUGGAAAAGCGCAAUGUUGAAUUCCACCCAGAACCACUUUUAAGAGCAUUUUUCUACAAGGCUCCUCUUCAAGGCUGAGAUGUGCUAUUCCAAAAUGUUUGAUCCCAGCGAGCAACUAGCCCAGCCCAGCCCAGCUAGAUAAUAUAACACAGGGGUCAGCAACCUUUUCCAGCUGUGGGCCGGUCCACCGUCCCUCAGACCAUGUGGUGGGCCGGACUAUAUUUUGAAAAUAAUAAUAAAAAUGAACGAAUUCCUCUGCCCCACAAAUAACCCGGAGAUGCAUUUUAAACAAAAGGACACAUUCUACUCAUGUAAAAACAUGCUGAUUCCAGGACCAUUCAUGGGCUGGAUUUAGAAGGCAGUUGGGCCGCAUCCGGCCCACAGGCCUUAGGUUGCCGACCCGUGGUAUAACAGACCAAGGGUGUGGGGCUGUUCCUUCGGAGGCCUACAUUUCAGUUCACUAUUUGCAGUUACAGUGGUACCUCGGGUUAAGUACUUAAUUCAUUCCGGAGGUCUGUUCUUAACCUGAAACUGUUCUUAACCUGAAGCACCACUUUAGCUAAUGGGGCCUCCCGCUGCCACCACACCGCUGCUGCACGAUUUCUAUUCUCAUCCUGAAGCAAAGUUCUUAACCCGAGGUACUAUUUCUGAGUUAGUGGAGUCUGUAACCUGAAGCGUCUGUAACCUGAAGUGUUUGUAACCCGAGGUACCACUGUAUUCCUAUUCUCCCCACCUCGACCUCCACCAAAGGCAUGGAUUGCCCUCUUAAGUAUUUUCUGCUUUCAUUUUCUUACUAUCUGAGGACUGCAUUUGGUUAGUACAAGUGUUGUCAUAGGAUCAUAGGCCUGUAGAGUUGGGAGGAUCAUCUAACCUUUCCAACCUCCUGCAAUGUAGGGGAUUGAACCUGCAACCUUGGUAUUAUCGGCACCGACCUCUAACCCACUGAGCUAUCCAAGCUCUGGAAAUAUACAUUCUGCUCAAGCGCUGACCUCUUUGGUACGCAUUUGCAGUAGCACGUGAAACAACAACAAAAACAACCUCCCCUGGAAAAAGGAGAAAGUUUAUGACUUAUUAAGAUUUAAUCUGUUACUGGAAAUGUCCGAAAACAGGUUGGAAGUCCUAAUUUAAGCAUUCUGAUGUAAUUUAGGGUGUAGAGUUUUAAAAUAGGAAAACCCGAGGUAGUGCCCUCUUAGAACCCAGAUCCUAUUUUUGUAUCUGAGAUGGUAAUUCUGGACUAUAAGGCUGCCCUUAAGGAAAGAGCGGUCAUUAAAGUAAAUAGGAAAGGACAAUAAUGAAAGAGACUGACCCAGAAAAAGAUUCACUGUUGGAACAGUGGUAUUGCUUUAAAUAGACAUGUAUGUCCCAGGAGCUGAUUUUCUUUUACCACAUGACUCAACUGGGCUACUGUGGAGGGAUCUUCAUCUAUGAUCGUCCCAGAAGCUUGAACAGAGGGCAGGGCCCUGUGGGUUUUGAACUGGUUUGAUCUCUGUCAGCAGAAGUUCAGUUUUGAGAUUCCUACCUUCUAAAAUAUCCAGCAAACACUCUCUUUUGGAAACUUUAGAACAAGCUUCUUCCUCUUUAAUCACAGUCUCUUUAAUAAUAACUUGAUUUUUCCAGCGAAGCUUUUUAUAAGAAUUUAUUUGAAGCGUUUACUUUUUGGGCAUGAGGAAAAAGCAGGUCUUCUAAGCGUAUCCCAAGAACUCUUUGAGAGAACAGUUUGCAGAGCAAAACCCGAUUCAAGCAUUCCUUUUGCUGUUUUUAACCACCAUAGUUAAAUGGAUCAUGUUACUGCAAGGAUAAAGAUUAUUGCAAGAAUACAAAAUGCUUAUUUAUAAAAAUGGUGUCAAGGGAAAGGGGGUGUCUGCACUUUUCAUUUAAUUUUAAAUUUACAGUAUAUACUGUUUUUGAUCAUCACUGUACACAAGACAGUUUUUCAAUUGAUAAAUGAGUAUGCAUUAGAUUUGUUAAGUAUUCUGCAGGGCAGUAUUCUGAAUUGGCAAAUCCCCCCAAAUUUUACCCAAGUCCUGCUUUGGGUAUACAGUGGUACCUUGGGUUAAGUACUUAAUUCGUUCCGGAGGUCCGUACUUAACCUGAAACUGUUCUUAACCUGAAGCACCACUUUAGCUAAUGGGGCCUCCUGCUGCUGCCGCGCCGCCGGAGCACGAUUUCUGUUCUCAUCCUGAAGCAAAGUUCUUAACCUGAAGCACUAUUUCUGGGUUAGCAGAGUCUGUAACCUGAAGCGUAUGUAACCUGAAGCGUAUGUAACCCGAGGUAGCACUGUACUUCAGUAGCAGUGAUGUGCCUUUCUCUUACUUUCUUCUCCUUUCCUUGCCAGUUUCAGAGCCAAAUCACAUGAGCCUUUGUGCACAUGGCAUGUGCUGGUGGUUGUCAUUUCCUUCCUUCCUUCCUUCCUUUUGGCCAAUUCAAGCUAAUUUCAAUCCACACUGCUCUAUGCCAGAAGGGUCACGCAACUGCCACACACUGAAGUUUCACAGCUAGACUCAUAGGACAUAUUCACACAACCCUGCUUCGUGCAGGCAAAGCCAAUCCAAGCAGAAUGAACAGUGCGGCUGUUGAGCACAGACGGAUUUGUUAGAACGGGUCCCUUAAUCCUGCGAGGAAGCUAAAGCCUUUCCUUCCCGGUUGCAUUGUGUGGCUUUGCGCAGGUCGACUCUGUAGUACUGUACCUCCUCUCCUACAAUCCCUUUUGUGUCGUGUCUUUUAGAUUGUAAGCCUAAGGGCAGGAACUACGUUUGUAAGCUGCUCCAGAAGCUCUCUUUAGCUGAAGGUUGAGAUUUCUUUUAAAAAGCUUUAAAUAAGUCUUUAGUGCAGCUUGCACCUUGAUAAGUGUGUUUAGGAGGAUUGCAGUCUUAUGGAGGAGUCCCAUGCAUGGUUACUCACAGGUAAAACUUAUCCACACUUAAUUUUUGCCCCGCCCCGUUCUUUUUUUGCCUCAAGCUUUCCUCGCAAAAACCUGCUCUUUAAAGCUGAAUUGGUACAAAUGUCGGCUCGAGUUUCUCCGUGGAUUGAUGUUUGCUCCAAUUGAGCUUUAAAGAGCAGGUUUUUGCAGGAAACGCAAAACAACAACCUCAGGCACUCAGACACGAGAGCUUUAAAUCGGCAACUGUGCCAGGAAAGAUCAGAGGAAAGGCAAGUGUUGAGCUGAACAGCCCCCUGUUGAGCUGAACGGGACUUAGUGCUAUGUAAAUGUGGACAGAAUUGGCUGGAAUUUGUAGGCACUAAGCUUUUUACAGAGCAGGAAAAAGCACUGAAAUCCUCAGCUUUGAAAGUUUGCAAGCAAACCGGAGGUUUGUUUUUGGUCUGGCUUUUUCCCCCAGCCCUUAAUGCCUUGUUUCUUUCUUGCAUGAUGGAAUCCUCACAAGGUAAAAGUAAUAAAGCAGUUUCUCUCUUCUGAUAACCACUCACGGCUAGCAGCUUCUCCUCAAGCAGGGACAUGUUGGGUGUCACAUCAGGACAUGGCUGAAGGAGGAUUUUGUUUGAUGUUCUACCAAAACCACUUCACUGCUUGGAAUGUGCAGUUCUGAGAGGCACAAGCAGAUGCUUUGUAAUGAGCACUAGGAUUUAUUCAAGACGUCUCUAUGUUUGAGCCCUUCACGGAGCCCUGAAUAUUAUUAACACCGACAUAGGUAGGCUCGCAAAGGUAAAAUAGCCCGAAAGGAAAAUUCCUCCCAGAAUAGUUUCCUGGCAGGACAACCUGUACUCCUUCGUGGAGUAUGGUCAGCACAAUAUGGCAUGUGUUGUCUACUGCCUGGUGCAUGCAGUCACAGAUGCCAGCGGGCACACAAUCCAUUGGGAGGUUUUCCAGCAAAAGCCCCAUUGUAGUGAAUGGAAGCUGUGCAAGAUUCCACGGCGGACAAAAAGAUGGCAGGCAUUAUUUCUGGGUAAAGUGAAAGUCUGUAAUAGCAUUUUCACAGCUUCUGCCCAAUCACCUGUAGGUAAGGUAAAAGGUAAAGGACACCUGGACGGUUAAGUCCAGUCAAAGGCUAUUAUGGGGUUGCGGCGCUCAUCUCACUUUCAGGCCGAGGGAGCCGGUGUUUGUCCACAAACAGCAUUCUGGGUCAUGUGGCCAGCAUGACUAAACAAUUUCUGGUGCAAUGGAACACCGUGACAGAAACCAGAGUGCACGCAAACACCGUUUACAUUCCUGCCACAGCAGUACCUGUUUAUCUACUUGCACUGGUAUGCUUUCAGACUGCUAGGUUGGCAGGAGCUGGGACAGAGCAACGGGAGCUCACUCCGUUGCGGGGAUUCGAACCGCUGACCUUCUGAUUGGCAAGCCCAAGAGGCUCAGUGGUUUAGACCACAGGCUCUAACAAUAACUCUUCCCCACCAAGGGAGAGGUGCUCCCUCUUCCCCCUCAACCUCCUAUGGUUGGAGGCCUGCAUUUACUUGGAGGCAACCCAAUCCCUCCCUCCCCCCCAUGCACCUUAUAACUUAGUCACAAUCUGGAAGUUAAAAAUAAAACUUGCAGUUCUGAGCAUGCUUACUUGAAAAUUAAUUCCAUCAAAAUCAAUAGGACUGGUGUUUUCAGAAGAAUGUUUAGCAUAGUAUAAGAGAAGUGUAUUAUUAUUUCUCUUUCUGAAAUCUGAUAGGAGGAAGGAAGCUUGUCCUGUCCCUUAGCACUUUGCUUCUCUGUGCUGUGUUCCGCCACACAAGUUAUUUGUGUUCUCAUUGCUGGCCAUGCCAGCCAUCAGUUCCUUGACAAGUUGGGAGAGCCAAACCGUCAUGGAUCCCUGCGUGCCCAGCUUGAUGUGGCAUUGUAGUAUCUACUUAGUUGGUUUAUGCAAUGGCCAUAUGGUACACGGUUGCAUAGACAAGCAGGCUGCCCAUAAAUCACCCCUCUUCAAUUUGUGCAACUUCACUGGGAGCAGUGGCUUAUGAUGGGAAGCGUGGAAAGUAUUGCUGGCUCUAGUAUCUUGAGAUACAUUCAAUUCUUCAUUCAGUUUUUAUGUCCAAGCUUUCAAGUUGUGAGUUAUAGUACAUGUUUAUGCACACCAUCCAACAUUUCUCUGAUCAAAAUAGGGGUGUCCUAUUCCAUACCCUCCAACACUUCUCUGAUGAACAUAGGGAUAUCCUACCACACCCUCGAACAUUUCUGUGAUGAAAAUAGGAAAAGCGGGACAUUAUGGGAUCAAAUCAGAAAUCGGGACAACUUCUGUAAAUCUGGGGCUGUCUCUGGAAAAUAGGGACACUUGGAGGGUCUGAUUUAUGUAAAAGGACAAAUGUUUGGUGUCUUUUUGUGUAUCUCUCGCUUGCUGUCCACCCACUCUGGGCCCAAUUUCCACUCAUUACCUUUGAAAACUCUUAAUGGCUUUGGACCCUGGUACUUAGAGAACUGUCCCCAGGUGGUAGAAUCUUCAUCAGAUUGUUCUGUAUCCUCUUGCCCUCUGAAGGUGGGUGGGUGGUGACCAGAGCGAAACUUUUAAGUAGUGUUGCUUGCUUAAGAAGCGCAGAACCAUCUGUAAGGGGAACACAAAUUUGUUUUAGCUCCAACUGAAACGGAAAGUUAAUUUCUAAAUCUGGCAUUCCUCUUCCUUAAUUUGCUUAGCUCGCUAGAAUUGCUAAACCACUUUCAGAGAAGCAGCUGAAACAUGGAGGGAAUUAAUCAGUUUACUAACUCAGAAGUUAAUUUUCGGUUUCUGCUUGAGACGGACAUGGCAGCAAUAACUAUCUUCUAGUUAAGAUGCUUCCCUCACCCCCCCCCUUUGCUUUUUAACAUUUAGUUUUAAAUAAGCGGACCAUAAAAAAUUCACGAAAUGCUUCCUCAGUUACAAAGUACGUUGUAAUUUUCAUUGGUAUAUUAGUAACAGACGCAUUUUCGUAUUUUUCGAGUAAUUGCCAAAGGGGGCAGAAAUUGCCUGGCCAAAAUUAGAGUUUGCCUUGCAAUUCUCACCUGUGGUACCAACAACCUUCCACCUGGAAGGAAGGUCCAACUCACAUGCCUUUUGUCCCGAAGAAGGAAGACUCUUAUGCAUUACAGCUGGGAGUAUUUUUUUUUCAGUGGCUCCCUCACAUUGUCUGCCACAUGGUAAAAUGUUAAGGCUCUGCCAUGUUUCAUUGCUAUUAUGGGUGGACUUGGACAUACUGGAACGAUAAUUUACCACAGUGAAAUAGCCCUCAGGAAGCUUGUGGGAUGUUUAUGUUGCUUCCAUCUUUUGUAAUCUGUGCCUCAUGAUAUUAUUUUUAUCGUUUCUCUGGGACGGUGCUCCUGUUCUUAACACAGGUUAACAUUUUGCUGAAUGGGACUCGCUCCCAGUUAAGUUUGUCCAGCUAUCCCACAUGCACCCUCAUUGGAGCAGCCUAGGUUGACUUGAUUCAACACACACACACACACACUUCAUAAUCUUUCCCCUUAGGAACAACGUUUCCUCAUUCAACCUCCCAAAUAAUAUAUAUGCAGGCCUCUGUUGAUCACCUGGCUUGGGGAUUAAUAUGCGGCAGCUGCAUAUGACGGGACUCUUCAACAUCAUAAGGCUCUGAAACUAUUCGGCCAAUUUGCACAGUGUUACCAAACAGCAUCAUGUCUGGGUAAGGGUAGUCCAUUGCUUUUGGACCUAGGACACUUCUAAGGCAGGUCCAAAAACUACAGCUCCCAUCAGCCACAGCAGAUGUAGCCAGUGGCCAGGGAUGUUGGGAGUGUUAGUACAACUACAUCUGAAGGGCCAGCGCUUCCCCACACUCGCUCAAAGGCAAUCCGGUGCCCCUCCAGAUGUUUUGGAUGCCAACUCCUAUUGGCUUAGCCAGCAUAGCCAAUGGGAGUUAGAAGAAUAGAACUGGACCCUAGUUGGACUAGGGUCAUCUGGUCCAACACCCUGCAAUGUAGGAAUCUUUUGCUCCACGUGGGGCUCGUACCCACAACCCUGAGAUUAAGAAUCUUAUGCUCACCUAACUGAACUAUCCAGUGAGACUUCAUAGUUGUAUAGUCCAAAACAUCUGGAGGGCACCAGAUUGAGGAGGGCUGUUCUAAGGCACUCGGAUCCAAUUAAAAAAUCAUUACAAUGGAGCUGUGCUCCUUGCCCCUUUUGAAACAUCUUUGGGAAGGGGAAGCUUGUAGCAAAAAAGGGAACAGAAUGGGAAGAGGCUAGGGUUUUUCAUUAAUGGACUAUUUUCUCUUGACACCAUCCUAAGCUGUCUCCCCGCUCCCCGCCCUGCAGGGUUCCCGACUCAUAUUUAACGAGGGUUCCUUUUCAAGGGAGAAACAUUUACUGGACUGGCAUUACUCAUGAUGUGUAGUUUUGCUCAGCGUGUGAGUUAUUUGCAGUUGAGCUAAUGGCAGCCAGAGUGCCUGUGAUGUCAUGCUGCUUUGCAGCCGCAGGUGACACCAGAGUAGAUUGGCCAGUGUACCAAGAGGGCAGAUAGCGAGGGCAGAGUUGGAGGAUGAGGCUGCAAGAGAGAUGAGGUCAGCAGAGAGAGAAUAGAUAUUAUGGGAUGGUGGAUAUUAUACUGAUGGUUUUUUUUUUUUUUUUGAAAAAAAAUACAAUUAAUUAAUGGUACAAAUCAAUGUUGUCUUGCUUGCUUCUGCAUGAGGCCUAGCCUCUUCAAAAGCUUCUCUCAGAGAUGAUGUCUCUCCUGUGUACCAUCCCUGACAAUAACAGAAGAGAUGGACACCCUUUUCUUCCCUGGACGGACUCUGCGCCUUUAACGGUUCUGUGGCCUGCACACAGCCUGGCCCUAUAGCACUUCCCAACAGGAAAUAACACAACCCUGGAUUUCAAAAUAUUAAGUGUUCUACUCCCACUUGGCUCCCGACAAGUAAACAGGCCUCUUUGUUCUCUGCUUCGCACCAACCAAGUGCCUGCGUUUUUCUCACCCACAGACAACAGACUUCCUCUCUAAGGGCAGCUUGUUGUGUUGUGUUUUGUAAUUGGAUAGGGAGCAGAGCAAGUAGAAAACGCACUUGCCUCCACAUCACUUGUGAGAGUGCACAUAUGUAUAAACAACCACUUUCUCCUUUAAAAUCCACAGGCUUGGCAACUGGGGAAGGCUCUUCUCUGCUACUUGUGUGUAUCUUGAGAGGAAAAUAGUACAGUUGAGCCACCCUGGCAUAUUGAAAACAGAGGAGCGCCUUGAGUAGUCACAGAUGAAAUGGCAUCUCUUGAUGUUGUUGUUUUUGUAAUGCAGCAGUAAGUGGUACACCCAAUGCAUCACAAUGCUUAAAAAUGUACUGGUAAGCAAAUUUCAUUCCCGCAUAAACUCAGGUAGUUCAGUGUCUCUCAGUUUGGAAGCAAAACAUGGAACCAUCUAAAAAUAAAGUGGUUUCUACAUAUUCCAGGAAAUCUCUAAGAGACACAUUUGUAUGAACGUUUUUUUAAAACCAGCCCUGGGUUGAUUGGUGGGGGGGAGGGGAGUGAAUCCCAGUAAACCAAAACCAACAAAAAGUGUGGUUUAAUAUACACACAAAUAUCUCUACCCUCCUCCUUCUGCCUGGUUCACACAGUCUUGCACACCCUUAGAACUUCACACAAGGAAAAUAUUUUGUUCUGAGGUCCACUAUAUCUCUGUAACAACAUAAUUUAGAGUUAAUAUCCUGUUCAGUACCUUUUUCUAUCCCCUCGCCGCGAGCAAAGUUCAUGCCGUGGAUUUUCAGAAGAAAUGAUCUGGGACGCCCACCCCAAUAUAUGAUUGCUUGAACUUUUCUUGCUUUUCUCUCUCUCAUCCAAUUCUUGCCAUUUCAGUGUUAGCUUUGCCCGAUACUGCUUUGUGGCAAAGAACUGAAAUAUUUUGUUUGUUUGUUUCCUUGGAGACCUGAAGGCCAAACUAUAAAGCAAUUUUUCGUAACCGUUGGAGGGCUUCAAGUCCGCAAAUCGAUAGUUACAGGAAAAUGCAGCCUUUUGAGCUGAGAUAUGAAUUACGAAAAAGGCUAAAACUGUAGCUCAAUAUAGGGAUGAAUCUAUGUAAUUACAGUGGUACCUUGGGUUAAGUACUUAAUUUGUUCCGGAGGUCCGUUCUUAACCUGAAACUGUUAUUAACCUGAAGCACCACUUUAGCUAAUGGGGCCUCCUGCUGCCACUGGGCCACCGCAGCACGAUUUCUGUUCUCAUCCUGAAGCAAAGUUCUUAACCUGAAGCACUAUUUCUAGGUUAGUGGAGUCUGUAACCUGAAGCGUAUGUAACCUGAAGCGUAUGUAACCUGAAGCGUAUGUAACCUGAGGUACCACUGUACAUUGUUCGUUAGACUGGUGGGAGUUCAUGGGCUUUUAUCCCUUUUAGUAUUAAGGUGCAGGUGUGUGUUUGGGCAUUUAAAAGAAUGGGGGAGCUGUAUGUUAUGGAUUAUGUAGCCUGUGGCAGAAAGCUCAUGCUCUGUUGCUCUGCUCCCCACCUCAGUAGAACAGAACUAAAAACACACACCAAGGCUCAGGAUUCACUAGCAUGGCACAGUCCGAAGCUUGGACUCAGCUUACAGUACAUUUGCCAGCAAGGCUGGCCAUUGCUGAAUAUAAACAUCCUCUUUGGCCUGUGCAUAUGAGUUAUGUGAUAAUAGAAAACCAUUUCUCCUCAACAAGAUUAUGUCUUAAGUGUGCACUCUAUGCAUCAUUACACUCUGCAGUUUGAAACGGGAAUAGUGAUUGAGCCCAUUAGCGCUGCGAUGGAAGUGACGAAUAGCCUGAUGCGGUAAACUGACCUGUGGCGCCAACACUGUGGGCAGAACACCCAGUCAAGUAGGGUGGCCAUGUCUGUCCCUUUCCUAUGCACAUUUCCCAUUUGGGAGGGAAAAAUAAGGCUAUGCUCAGUGUUAGGGUACCAAGGGGUUGCUUGAGAGCAAGCAGGCAAAUGCCUCCCUGCUCGGCUGUGAAGCCUUGCUUUUGAUGCCAAAAUAAACUUUUUCUGUGCUGAGCGCCACUCUCCCGUGGCUGGCUCAUUCACUGGCAGAAUCUGAGAGUGGGCGGUCCUUAAACCUUCCCCAGCAGAGUAGUUUCUUGAUGCCCAAUCUGCUCCUCCCCUCUCGGCGUGGAAGCCUACUGCGCAGGGAGGGCGUGGGUAACGGAGGACCUCUCUCCUCCCUGCUUUGCCCAGGCAAGGUGUCCUGGCACCGCCUCGCCGCCUCCGAGCCCUGAAGCUCCUCUCCACUGGAGGCGUGGUUACUCUCCUCCGCGGAGGAGGAGCUGCUUCCCACGAUCUUUGGGGGCUCUCUGUAAUCCAUCCGGCUUUUCCCCUCUCGCCCCUGAGCCGAUGGCAGUUCCCUGACACUCAGCUUUGCAUCGAGGCCAGGCGGCAGAAGAUGGACCAGGUGUCUGAUAAAGUUCUCUUUCUUUCUUUCUUUCUUUCUUUCUUUCUUUCUUUCUUUCACUGAAGCAUCUCUUCUCUCUCAUUUCAGAUUAUUCUGCAAUGACUACAGCAAGAUACAGACCUACUUGGGACUUGGUGCUCGAUCCUCUCGUGUCGUGCAAACUCUGCCUUGGAGAAUUUCCAGUGGAGCAGAUGACAACAAUCGCACAAUGCCAGUGCAUCUUCUGUACUUUGGUUAGUAAGCUUCAACCAAUGUAUGCGCCUCGGCUGGAAACGGUUCUGUUGUCCACACCCGCCAAGAUCUGUGCAAAGCCAACGAGAGUUAUGCUUGAGGAUUUGUGGGUUGUACGUGCCGCACAUGCGUACAUAGUUAAUGCAGGUGUGCGGGCAUAGUCCCAGGGUUGUUGUGGUGCUUUUACACCUCCUGUUGUAUUACCCUGGUGCUUAAUACCACACAUACAGAACUGUGGGAAAAUUCUGGGCUGCUUCAGGGAAGAUGGAAGUGGUGAGGUUUAUUGGACAGAAGCUCCCAAGAUGCACCUUGCUGGUUCAGUCGCUGGCGUUUGGCCUAAUCUCACUUGCAGCACUUGUGAGAGGAUAAAAUGGAGGUAAUCCUUAUAGGUGCCACUUUUGCAGAGGGUUAAAAAUAUUAUAAUGAUAAUUUUGUGCCCAUUUAUGGAUAAGCGGGCACCUGGGGCUUAUUCAGACCCAUAUUGUUAUGAUCCGUUACCGGAUUGUGAGGUUGUGUUUAUUAAGUUGUGUGCCUUUCUUCAUAAAAAAGCACAUCUGAAAGAAAGAGGGGGAUGGAAUGUGUGUGUUUGUGUGUGUGUGUGUGAGGAGGGUGUCUUUGUGCUACAUCAGCGACAUUUCAAACAGAGAAGCCAAAGAGCAAUCUCCUAAACGGCUGUGUGGAGCUUCUGACGUCUGGGUUUUGAAAAGCAGCGUGCCACAGAAAAGAAAGAGCCAUCUGGUUAAGGUCAUAAGUGUAUUGAGAAUGGCAUGGGCGGGAAGCGAGUGGGCGUCGAGCUUCACCCAUCUCCAGUUAAAAACAAAAGCCUAAAGUAGCUUCAGUAUGUAUUUACACAGGGAGAACUUGGCCGGGUCGGGUCUAGAAGGGUAGCAAGGAAGAAGACUAGUUUCAGUCAAAGAACACCACCCACUUCUACAGGUUUUUUUUCCCCUUAAAAAAGAAAUUAAUAGGACUGAGUCUAAGCAACAGCCAAGCAGAAAAUUCUUCGGAGAUUCUGGGGGUGGGUAGAGGGUGCAAAACUCCUCGCUUGGCUUAAACAAAAAAUGCAACCCAAAUGACUUUCAGCUUCAUUCUUCUGCAGCUUCAUUCUUCUUGCCCAGGUGAUGCGGACUCUCUAUUUCCUUCAGGCACUGUACUUCGCAGCACAGGAAGGCUUAAGGGCAACUCCGUGUUCCCUGGGCAGUGAGGUAGUUCCCCCUCACUUGCAUAUACAGUGGUACCUCGGGUUAAGAACUUAAUUCGUUCUGGAGGUCCAUUCUUAACCUGAAACUGUUCUUAACCUGAGGUACCACUUUAGCUAAUGGGGCCUCCCGCUGCUGCCACGCGAUUUCUGUUCUCAUCCUGAAGCAAAGUUCUUAACCUGAGGUACUAUUUCUGGGUUAGCAGAGUCUGUAACCUGAAGCGUCUGUCACCUGAAGCAUCUGUAACUCAAGGUACCACCGUACAGUAUUUCAUUCACCAAAAAGCAACAUUUUAGCACCAGAGCAUCUAGCUCAAUUAUGCAAAGUUUUACAACAGCAACAAACCCUUAGCUUGCAGUUUUGUGCUCUCUACUGCUAGUUGCAGCAGGAAUUUGUGCACGCAUACAAAUUGCUGGUGACAAGCAGCAAUCAUCCCUUAUAGAGCAGGUAACUGGCAAAGUUUAACUAUUUUCUGGACCUCCCCGUGGUUCGCCUUUUCCUGCUUACCCACUUGGUUGUGGCUGCUCGAGGUACCUGUUCCAAGCUUUUCAAAUCCACGACUGGCAGCGUGACUUGCCCCACACUUCAGUUUUCAGCCUGAAAGACAGCACUGCCCACACAGUCGUUUUGCUAAAGCAAGGUUGGGGAAUCUUUUUCAGUGCCGUGUUCCGUUCUGAGUAACCUUCCAAGGGGCAAGGGAGGGAGCAAACGAGAGCAGAGCAGCAACUGUUAAUUGACUCACGCAGCGCUCCCUUAGCAAGCAAGGCCUAUUCUCAGUUCACGGACACAUUCUAGCUCCAGGAGGAGGCGAAGCAGGGUUGGUGAGCGGUGUGGCCUGGAGACAAGAGGUGGCUGCGGAGAGUUCUGAAAGCCAGUCAGAGAGGCCUGGAGCGCUGCCCUCCUCAGGUUUCCCAUUGCCUGAUUUGUAACUAUCCGAAUAGUCAACAAUUCUGCGGCUACACUCAUUCCACAUUUGGCUGUUUUUGAGGUUCUCUUCUCUCCCCCUUCCCUCCCACUUUAUCUGAAGCUUGCAUUGUACUUCCAUAAACCUCUGGGUUCCCCCAAGCUGGCUGACAUCUCCCUUUUGUGUGUGCAUAGGAGCAUUUUGGCUACGUAAAGAAUGGUACUGAAAGCCUGAAUGUUGUAAAUAAAGGGAAUUAUGGCAAGGGCCCUUUAAGGCAGGAUUCCUAGGAGCGAUUGAGCCUAGGUACAAACUUGACUGUUCUAGACUCUUUGUUGUUGAAAUCACUGGGUUUGGCUUUACUUCAAACUUUUUUUAUAGAAUUGCAGCUCUGAGCAGCUCCCUUAAACUGGGGAGGACUAAAUGCAGCUGUUAAGAGAUCUGCCAUUUAUUACAGUUCAGUACAUUGGUAGGAACUGCUGGAAGAUCUCUUUCAUUUUUGUGGGUGGAAAAAUGAAUGGAAAAAGAGCCACACAGAGAUCUUUCAGAACUACAUAGUCGGAACGAAGUACACAUCCUACGCUAACGUUUUAGUCUGCACUAGUAAAGGAUCAUUAUAUAACUGAAUAGCCCUCACUACAUUGGCAACCCCUGAAGUGUUGCUGGAAAGGAGCUCAUAAAGGAUAAUCUCCUUGACACAUUAGCAUAAUGUUUUUGGGUUUUUUUGGGGGGGGGAAUAGAUCGGUUAGCUUAAUUCACAACGUUAUAUUUUGGAACAGUUUCUAUUACAAACCAACCCAAUCGCCGCUAAGUGAUAGCAAGAGAUUCCCGGUGUGUGUGUUUGAGCACUUAACCAGGGUUUGUGUUUCCUUGUUGUGUCCCGCACCCAUGCCUCUCCCUGAUUGAUAAUUAUGUGAGGGUGAGUGGCUGUUGGGGAAUCAAACCAUCUUUAAAUUAAAACACAGUUCACGAGCUGAGAAGCACCUAAGAGUACUGCUAAUUAAUCCUUUCGGCGACAAUUUCUGAAACUGCUUUCCUAGAAUAUAUUCCAGUUUCUCGGCUAUUAAUCUCACCGUCUGCAGCCAGUCACUUCCCCUAGUCAUGCUUAUCCCAGCUUCUUUUAACGGGUAGCCAGCACUGUGCUCUCUCUCGGAGCAGCUUUGCGAGAGCAUUUGCUGCCAGUGCCCUUUGACAUGUUCUCCAGCAAACAUGUAGCCCUGUGUCCUUUUUUAAGGAAGCAUCCCUCUCAGCUCCAUCUGAGGCCUUGUAUAAACCACAGCCGUGAUUAAAAAUGCACUGAUGCUUUGCAGGGGAAUUACUUGCCAGCCGAGCAGGAUUAGCGCGGUACGAAGGUUGCAGAAACGGACCCGUUUCCUCAGCCCACGUUUCACCGCUGUGUGGGCGGGAAGAGCUUUCCAAGGUUGUCAAGCUGCCUGUUAUCUUCUGGUGCAGAGGAAAAAAACCACACACAUAGUGCUGGCCCUGGCAUAGUUGGCCAGCCUUGCUUGUAGAAUAAGUGCAGUUGAAACGAGUUUGCAAAGAGGCAGGUAGAAGAGGGCAGGAGCUCCUGUUCACAGAAGGUAGAACACCUGCUUUGCGUGCAGAAGGCCCUAGAUUAAAUCCCUGGCAUCUCCAGGAAGGGCUAGAGAACCACUGCCAGUCAUUGUAGACAAUAUGGCACUAGAGAGAACAUUGCAGAUAAUAUGGAGCUAGAGAGUCAAAGGUCUCUUUAGUACAAGGCAGCUUCCCAUGAAGAAGAAGAAGAAGAGUUUGGAUUUGAUAUCCCGCUUUAUCACUACCCUAAGGAGUCUCAAAGCGGCUCACAAACUCCUUUCCCUUCCUUCCCCACAACAAACACUCUGUGAGGUGAGUGAGGCUGAGAGACUUCAGAGAAGUGUGACUAGCCCAAGGGCACCCAGCAGCUGCAUGUGGAGGAGCAGGGAAGCGAACCCGGUUCACCAGAUUACGAGUCCACCGCUCUUAACCACUACACCACACUGGCUCCAUGAAUGAACUGGUCCCCUGCUCCCUUGCAUUUGGAAGAGGUAUGAGCAAUGACACCCAUAUAUGGAUGUUGUUCCUCUGUACUCAUGCAAGAGAAUUAUUAUCGUUAUUGCUGCUGCUGCUGCAGUUUAUACACCACCCUUUAUCAAAAGAUACCUGGCAGUGUACAGCAUUAAAAACACAUUACAGAACAUCGAUGAUAAAAACAUAAUAAAAAGCAUACUGACAGACAGCCCAAUAAUAAAAUAGUCAUCAUAAUAUCAGGCCCCCCCCCCCACUUUCACAGGCCAUAGAUUAUUUAAUAGCCAUAGGCCUGGGUAAAGAGGAAUGUUUUUGCCUGGCACCUAAAGACAUGUAAUGAUGGCGUCAGGCGAGCCUCUCUGGGGAGAGCAUUCCACAAUCGGGGAGCCACCACAGAAAAGGCCCGCUCUCUUGUUGCCCCCCUCUGAACCUCUCUGGGAUGGGGGACAUAGAGAAGGGCCUCAGAUGACAAGCAGGCUGGGUUUGUAUGGGGAGAGGUGAUCCUUAAGCUGUGUAAGGCUUAAGGUCCUGAGCUGUGUAAGGCUUUAUAGGUCAACACCAGCACUUUGAAGUGGGCCCGGAAACUAAUCAGCAGUUGCGCUGGGAUUGGAGUUACAUGCUCAAAUGAUGUCCUAGUUACUUUGGCAAUAGAGACAAGGGUGCCCUCUUUCCCUGCCCCAAGCAGAGAGGAUUGGAAAAACAUCGGCACUAAGUGGACACCCCUCCCAAAAAAAGUGUAAAGGGGUGCUAAGCAGUGUGAACAUCUGCUGUGCAAUAUUCUGCGCAACAACACUAAAAGAGAUGUUAUUUGUGACAGAGAUAAAACAGCCCUCAGCGACAUCUAUCAUCUUUAUAUAAAAAUGCUUUAGCCCAAAUGAAUUAUCAAGUAAUUAUUCUGAUUAUGAGAGCUCAUGAGUGGUGUGUUUCAUCAGUGCAAAGCAUGGGUUUUGCCUUUCUUGUACUAUAUUGCUAGCUUUGAUGUAUGGAUAUGUUGUACGCCGCCGUACAAGCAUGCUACCUCUGGCUAUUUAUGUGUAGCAACAGCUCAUUGUGUUAUGCGUUGUGACACAGCUGCCAUCCUUGCCCACUUAGCAGUUUAUCUCUGCACUAAAAAAACAAACAAACCUGGUUAUAGUGGGAAUGAACCUGAGUUGUUGUUGUUAUUUAUUUGUUAAAUUUGUAUACCUGCUUGUAGAUCUCAGAAUAAUUCAUGGGUAGUAUAAUGAGUAUGGGUUGCUCGUGCGUAAGUUGCCGCCUCUCCAGGCUUUGUUGCCUUGGUAAACCUUUCAGUCUGGGCAGCCCUUCACUUCGUGGCUGCCUCAGUCGCUAGCAGAAUCCGUCAGUGGGCGUUUCUUAAAUCUUUUCCAACAUGAAAGUUGUUUGACACCCAGUCUCCUCCUACUCUCUCUGCGCGGAAGUCUUCUGCGCAGGGUGGGCGUGGGUAGCGGGGGACCAGUGCUCUCCCCGCUGGUGUCCGGUGAAGAGUCCUGGAGCCCUCUCGCCGAUUCCACCAUCAGCCCCUCCUUAUCCCUGGUGUAGCGCUGAUUUGCUUCCCCAUCUGCGGAGCUGUCUCUCUCCCUGCUGGGCCCUUCUCCAGCAUCAUUUGAGAGCCUUCCCUCCGCCUCUAGCUCCGAUGUCAGUUCCCUGACAGGUAGACCUGUAUUAACACAACUGGACUGCCUGCCAUGUAUCGCAGGGAGAUCUUCUGUAUCCUCUUUUGUUUGGAAGAUGUUCGGAAAAUAAAAUAAAAUUCCAGCUAACCUUGGUGGGAAGAAGCCCUUUUGUUUUAAAUGAAUCAUUCACAAAGUAUACUCAUCUCUAGAUGUGGCUCUCUGAGGACUAAAUGUUGUCAUCAGAUAUGCACGCAGUCUCAUUUUAAUACACAUUUCCCAUGUGCAAGUGGGGUAGCAUUCUCGAUCGCACUUACAGCGCCGUGUCAGAAAUCUCACUGUCCCUGCCCAGCCUGGUCCCAGUACUGUGUGAUGUGUGGCUGAUGAUCAUUAAUGGUGCGCCUGUUGAAGAAAGAUGUGCUUCUUUCUGUGAUCUUCUGUGAAUGCACAGAGCUGUGAUGUGCACAAAGUUCCCCUGCCCAUAUUUAUUUCGCUGCAGAAGGCUGCUCUGCUUACACAAGGCAAUUUGUGUAUAUAUAUAUAUAUAUAUUUCUUUGUUCAUUCUGAAUAUUUAUAUCCCGCUGUUCAGCAUGCAAGAUGAUCCCACAGUGGGUUGCCAGUAAAAUACCUAACCCAACAACCCAACCCGCAGGGAACACAUCAACAAACUCUAAAAAUAUAAAAUAGCAGCAAGAUAAAUAAACUACACAGCAGCAGGCAUAGAGGCCAAUAAAUCACCCACAGGGCUGUGCAAAUAAAUAAGUGUUUAAUUGAUGCCAACAACUUAAGAGUUGGCAUUGUUUGGGUUUGCGAGGGAAGUUGAGGUGCCUGAGUGUUAUGUAUUGAAGUUCUCACCCUGGGCCAGCAGGGGGAUACUGUAGAUAGUUCAGGUCCACAUAUGCAAAUAAGGGUUCGAAAGUGACGUUCAGUGAUUGGAUAGUUACAGAAAGUUGUUACAGUUACGUUGUACUGGAGCUCUAUAUAAGCAGGUUGGCUGAACCCUUCAGUUCAGUUCUGAUCUGAUCUGUGAAUAAACAAGAGCUGUUUGGAGAAUCGCUGUGUCGUCUGAUAUGUUCACCCACAACUUAACACUGAGAAUACCCUUUCCUAGGUCACUGUAUGUCUCACUGGAGGAAGAAGAGGGACCAUCAAAUGAGCAGCGCUUUCUGUGAAAGCGAAUGGGAGAGCCUAGUCUCAUUUAGUAAUUUGUAAUAGGACUGGAAUCCCUCAGAGCAGAUCCAGUCACCUGAACAGACUAUGAAAUAGGCCCGUUCUGCUUUAGGGUGUCUUGGGAGGAAAGAUAUCUACAACUUCCAUCAUCCCUAUCUAAUAGAACCCGUGGUCAGGGAUGUUGGGAACUGUAGUCCAGAAACACCUAGAGGCACAAGUUUGGGAGACACUGCCUUAGUUCCCUCCCCUGAAGCCAAAGUGAAAUUGAAAUGACCACCUGCCUAUCUGUGCCUCUCCUGCCUAGCUGUGCCUCUUAUUCCCACCACUCCAUUCUCUUUAGAGUCUGCAGUUCUUACCCAUUGGGAACAUGGGAGAAAGAGAAGGAAGUUGGCCUCAGAGGUACUGUAAAAGGAAAAAGAGAGCACAGCACCAGGUUGCCAUAUGUGUACAUAUGUGUACAAGUUUUGCUUACAGUCCCAUUCAGCGCACCCAUUCCCUCCCAUCGAGAGAGGCUGAGUGUGAGCAGAACACAAACCUAUAUGCUUUCCAUUUUUUCUGCAACCAUUAAUCUCCCAAAACCUGGAUUCUCACUUAAAACCUAUUAAACGUCAUAUGAAAGAAAGCUAUGGCAACUGGGGGGUGGGCGGGUAUCUGCUGGUGUGAAUGGAGGCUGCCUGAGCAUGCAUAUAUGUGUGUGUGUUUUAAAAAGCAUGGGUUCGUUUAUGUAAAGCACCGUGGGUGGAAACAGCUAUAUAAAGAAAACGAUCAUAGCAAAAUGCUCUAGUAUUGUAUCCUUGAAGAUGGGAACAGCUUGGUAGUUGCUAAGAGCAUUGUGGAAAGAGCUGUGGGAAUCCACAGUUCAUACCACGAAAGCUGAAAACAUGUUACCGGUCUUAGAAAACGAAGCUGCCGCAAACUUGGUUUUAAAUGUAACUGUCAAUAGGCCCUGCGUGCUGGGAAGGGACCAUAGAAGUGUACAAAGAGUUCCAAGGAUUGUAUGAAUGAACUUAGUCCAGAGUAGCCCCCACGCCACAGUUGUUUCUGGUCAUGUGGCAGGCUGCUGUUGAAAGGGGAAGAGUUCAACACAUCCCACUGGGCGAGCUGAGCUGUAGCCCUUGGGCUAUCCCAAAAUAGCCCUUUGGAUCCCUGGUGUCUGAUUCGGUAACUCAUCAACCUUCUCUUGAGUCUGGUCAAGUCUGAGUCUGGUUCAGUCAUUCCUGUCAAACUAUAGCUUGGUCAUCAGGAACAUCAGACUUGCAUGCUAGGGGUGGGGGAGGAAAGACCAUCAUGCACUUUUAGCCUCAUAAAUUAAUUUUAGGUUGACAUGAGGUCUGAAUCGGGUAACCAAUCAUCAUUGUUUUCCCCAAAACCAGAAAUGGAAAGCACUUCAAACCAUGGUUCUGAUUCUGGUUUGGAAGCAAACUAUAUCCAGUUACAACCAUAGUUACUGGUCUGUCAUGAAGGUAACAGCAAACUGUGGUUUACCCUGAACCAAGGAUGUGCAGGAGGGCAUUAACAACAACAAUAAUAAUUUAUUAUUUAUACCCCGCCCAUCUGGCUGGGCUUCCCCAGCCACUCCGGGGGGCUUCCAGAAAAAUAUUAAAAUACCGUAAUACAUCAAACAUUAAAAGCUUCCCUAAACACAGAACACUGCUUACUCUAAUAGGCUAGUGACUUGUUCACCAAAUAAAGGUUGGCUUUCCUUUUAAGAUGAAGGGUUGGCCAAUCCUCACAUGGCAAACCAAGCUCUAAAUAAACUAUUCAUAGUUUCCCAGCUGGUGUCCAGGAAGUUGGAGUCUAACCAACCACAUGUCUGUUUACAUCCAAUAUAUUACCAGCCUGGACUUGUGCAGAGGAAAGGCGCAUGAUUUCCCCACUGCAUGCUUGGCAUCGAAACUGGGGUCAGCCAUAACAUCUCAACUGGGCCAUGGGUAGGUCAGAUUUUGUAGGAGCCGUCCGAUGAGUACAAAUAGACAUUCAAACUGGGGAGCAGAGGCGGGGGUCUUCUUUGGUGAGCAGCCUGGUAUUGGAGAAGGAAGAUUAAUAGCGUGAAAAACGCUCGAGGAAGAUCUGAAAUAAUGCUGCUCACGUGAGUAGACCCAUCGGGAUUUGCACCUUUUGGAUGACAGACCUACUGUUAUUGUUGAAGCAUAUAUUUCAAUGGUGAAUAAUAUUGACAGCCACUGGGUCUGACUUUCUUACAGUGCCUGAAACAGUAUGUGGAGAUUUUGAUCAAGGAAGGCUUAGAAACAGCCAUUAGCUGCCCUGAUGCCUCCUGCCCGAAGCGAGGUCAUCUUCAAGAAAAUGAAGUACGUUUCCUGACACAAAUUUGUCUUACGUAAAAGUUCAGCUCAGUUGUUAUUGCAGAUAUUUGUGCGUGUUGCCGUUAUGUAACUUCUGCUCCAAGCUCAUUGUCUAUCUUUGCCUGUUAUCCCUUUAGUUAUCGCUAUCAUUAAUCGGAUGCUUGUAUCUCUCUCUCUCUCUCGUUCUCUCUCUCUCUUUAAAACAGAUUGAGUGUAUGGUUGCAUCAGAAAUCAUGCAGAAGUAUAAGAAGCUACAGUUUGAAAGAGGUAUACAGCAGACAUCCCAGGUGGCCCCAAUCUGGGGGUUGUAGCCAACUAAAUUCCACUCACAGUAGACCCACUGAAAAUAAUGUGCCCAUGUUCAUUAACUUCAAAGGGUCAUCUCUGAGCAUGACUAACAUUGGAUUCAAUCUCGUGUGUGGAAAAUACAUUUCCAAACCAUGAGGAAGAGGCGCUUUAUUUUUAUUUUUUUUAACCAUGCGGGAUAGCUCCCCACGGAAAUUCGAAAUGUGCUGUCAAUAUUGUAUUUCCAGCAGAUGUUAAAAACUUACCUGUUCAUCCAGGCAUUUAUUGAUUUUGAUUACAUUCAUUACCACCUAUUGUAGACUCUGUUUUAAUGAGGCUACAGAUACUAUUUAACAAGGUUCUUAUUUAUUUUUCUUAUGUCUUCGUUAUAUGGUUGUACAUCACUUGGAACAUUUUAUAAACAAAUGGUAUUUAAAUUUAUUUAUUUAUUAAACUUACUGCUUCCCGUUGAUAUUCCACAGCCAUACCAAAGAAUAAGAUAUUGGAUAUGAUCAGGAAUUGGCAUUCCACUGUGUGUGGCUUGAUUCAAGAAGAAUUCUGCAUCUUAAAAACUUUUGCCUUAUGCUUGAGUCAAGCCAUUGUCUUCCAAGGACAGGGAUUUUCCAGCCCUACCUUGAGAUGCUGUGGAACUGAACCCAUGCAAAAGCAUAUUAUAUACAUGCUCCUUCACUGAGCUGUGGCCUUUUCCCAACUGCAGUUUGUUUCCCCCACAGAAGUGCUUUUGGAUCCUUGUCGGACUUGGUGCCCAUCCUCUUCCUGCCAAGCGGUUUGUCAGCUUCAGGAAUCAGGCCCCCAGAACCCACAGCUGGUACAAUGCAAAUCUUGCGACAUAGAAUUUUGCUCGGCGUGCAAAUCCAAUUGGCAUCCGGGACAAGGCUGUCAAGAAAAUAUGCCAAUCAGCUACCUUCCAGGGGAAACAAGGUAUAGAACUGUACAUUACCAAUUGACGUUGGCAUAAUUCUUAACACAUUAACAGCUUCGCUCAGCAGUUUUUUUUGUUUUGUUUUAAAAAAGACUGAUUUUCAUUGUGAUAGCCUCUGGUGUCUCCUUAUUCACCUGUUAUUUGAAGCCGUUUCUCCCUCCCAUCACAAGACUGAAGCAGAAAAAGCCCAACUCUGGCAGAUAGAUUGCCCUACUUCUGAAACCAGGUAUAUGCUAGGAAUUCCUCAAGGUUCUGGAAGUUUUAGGAUGUCACCUUGUCAAUGUGGGUUACCUUUUGGACUGUGGCUCUAUGCCCUGCUGCUUGGUAACAAGUCCAUGUUCUGAUGGAAAUAUUCCAUACCAUGGCUUUAUCAGCACACCUGCGUUACUCAGUUUCCCUGUGGAAUUCUAAUGCUGCUGAUCAGCAUGAAAAAAGUCAUGGAGCUGUCCACCAUCUCAAGUAACAUUGGAAGGAGCCCAUAAUUGUGUGCACAACUUAGCUCCCCGCCCCCAAUUCCUAGGUUUAUACAAAUCAAUUUUAUACAAGCAAUACUGGCAGAUGUAUUGUUAGUCAACCUGAAUUAUUUGAGGUUUGUAGACGCUAUUAAAACUGAAUGAUAAAGAUGAAGGAUGUGUAGUUUCAGUGGAAACGAAAACCUGCCUUUGGUCUUGUGGCUGUGUGACAAAUCCAUGCAGACAUAGGAAUAGCUUCAGUCUGCAAAAGGGUCAGAGUGUUUUAAGAAAUGCAGUUUUUAAAAACCAAGAGCAUUUUGUCAAGAAUGAGCCAAUUCCAAGCGAAGGUUUGCAGUCAACUGCAGAAAGCAGCCAGGAACAGAGAGGCUUAGAUCAGUGGUGGCCAAAUGCUGCCCUCCAGCUGUUUGUGGGAUACAGUUCCCAUAAUCCCUGACCGCUGGUCCUAUUAGCUAGGGGUGAUGGGAGUUGUAGUCCAAAAACAGCUGGAGGGGCUGAGUUUGGCCACCGCUGGCUCAUAUUGUACUUAGGCUGGGCGAAAACCACAGCAGACAAGGGUAACUCUUCCGGACAUUGGAAUGUUGGUUGCCAAGGGAACGACAGAGCGGGGUGGAACACAGCCAAAGCUCUCAGAAAGCUCAAACAGCUGCAAACAGAGACGGAAGCAGUCUGUCAGAACGGGAAGAGAUUGGAGCUGAUCCAAUCUCUCCUAAAAGUCGUCAAAUGGGAGGGCUGCUAGACAGGAAACAAAACGAGACAAGGUAUGAAAGUUCAAUAUCUUCUGUAGAAACCGGAAGGUGUCUUCAGAAGGGUCAUCUUGAUUGAUGAUGCUUUGUUAGAGCCGUCCGGAGCUAUUUGUUUGUUUUUGUAAAAAAUUCUCCUUUUUAAUUAACAACACUUACCGUGUUACCAAGCCGGGAACCUGGACUCACGACACAUUUCUCCCAUAAAAUUUCCAAAACAUCUCUUCCAGCUCUGCUUAUAAAAUGGAAGAAGAUGAUGCACCCAUCAAACGCUGCCCGAAAUGCAAAGUUUACAUUGAACGGGACGAAGGCUGUGCCCAAAUGAUGUGCAAAAACUGUAAACAUGCCUUUUGCUGGUACUGUUUGGAAUCACUUGACGUAAGUAUACGUAGUUGAGUUUAAGAUUGGAAGAUGAAAUUCCUUGAUUCUAUCCCUGUAAUAAAUUCCUGUUAAUAAAGCAUUCAAAAUGUCCAUUGAUAUAAUAUUCAAAAACUGUAAAGGGAAGCAUUGAAAUGUUACAAGUCCCAGAAAGUUAGGUUGCCUCUGUAGACAUAAAUACAGAGACAUAAAUACAGACUGUGGCAUACAUUUAGCUGUACUGCAGCAAACAAUUAGCAAGGUACCAUUGCAUGAACUAAUAUUGUUACAAAAAAUUAGAGUUUGUAUAUAUUUAUGGCAUAAAAAGCCCCAUCAUCUGGGACAGAAGUGACAUUUAGGUUGGAGUUACUUUGGCCAUAUCAGAGUUUAGGCUUUGGCUUAGCUGCUGUUGAAAGCAAAUUUAGCUUUGUUUUAGAGAUACAUUUUUUGUUGCUAAAUUUAGGGCUGUUUCUGGGUGGUGGUGGUUUUGUGAAUUCUUAAUAUGAUGGGCUGCUUAAUCUUAAGUUUUCAUACUGAAUGUUUCGAUGCAGGAUGUUAAAUGUUGAUUCUCUGCUGCUGUAAACUUUGUUGGUAUAGUUUUUGUGCUUUUUUGUUUUUAAGCAAUGAACUGUUUUGAAAAGUUAGGGUUACAUUUUUUGUUACAUAAUAUUGUUUUACUGUUAUACCGAUGAUGGCACUUUGGGCAUGGUUUAACUGCAGAAAAAGAGCACAAGAACAAACCCUGAAAUGGGAUGAACUGGGGAAGGGGUCUUAUUUGUACUAUCUCAGUUUGGGCAUACAGUGGUACCUCUAGUUACGAACUUAAAUCGUUCCGGAGGUCCAUUCUUAACCUGAAACUGUUCUUAACUAGAGGCGUGCUUUUGCUAAUCAGGCCUCUUGCUGCCGCUGUGCCGCCCGCACACGAUUUCCAUUCUCAUCCUGGGGCAAAGUUCUCAACUCGAGGUAACUCUUCCAGGUUAGCGAAGUUUGUAACCUGAAGCAUUUGUAACCUGAGGUGUUUGUAACCCGAGAUACCACUGUAUUACCUUUUCCUUCUCUUGUCUUUCUUUAAGUUUUUUUGUUUUUGUCUUUUAAACUCCUCCUGGCAUUAACUCACAUCUCUGAAAGGGCUGCUGCCAAUUUUGUAGAUUGCACAAUGGCCCACUUCGGCCUAUUUCUGUGAAAUAUGUGUUAUUGGGUUCCACGGCGCCCUUUCUGCGGUUAAUAUUGACUUUGCGCUCCGUGCCAUAGAGGUGAGCGGUCUGACUCAUUUAUGCUGGCUGUUAGCUGCUCCCUGUUCCAAAGGAGCCAACUCAGUGAUGUCAUUGCUGUUGGCACAGCAGCGGAAUCCAUAGCUUGUGACGUUGCCAUUGCAUUGUGAUGUGCCAAAAGUAGAUAGGGAAAAAAAUGAAAAUUGACCUCUGCGAGUGAGGGCGGAAAAACAGGGAGAAGUACCAUUCACUCCUCUCUCUCUCUAGCCUGUGGCAGGAUCCUAGAACUGCAGUCUUCUGCACAUUUACUUGGGAGUAAGCUCUGCUUGCUAAACCCAGUAGGACUUAUUUCUGAGUACACAAUUGGACUCCCAAUCGAAGUUAUUCAGCCCUCAUCACAAAUCAGGUUUAUUACCAAAAUUUGCAGACUUUCAGCUGUUUGCUGAAAACAAGAAGCAAUUGAAAUAGCUCAACCCAACGGGUGCUUCAAGUAGUUUCCGAAAAUUCAGCUGAAAUUGCAACCGUACCUGCUAAGUGGAAAGGUUUUGUAACCUUUUGACUGCUUGUCAAGAGUGAAGUUCUCAACUACGGCUGAAAUAAUAUAUAUGCAUAUUUCCCCUCUCCUUUUAUUGACACUUUACAGGAUGACUUCCUUCUUAUACAUUAUGACAAGGGACCUUGCCGAAAUAAGCUUGGUCAUUCCAGGGCAUCAGUUAUUUGGCACAGAACGCAGGUAGGUGUCGAUGUGACUUUGCGUAUCUGCUGGUCCCCGUCCCCCCCAAUUUUCGUCUUAUUCAUGAAAAAAGUGAAUGUGGGGAAUUGGGAGUCAGAGGAGGGAAAAUGGCAUGAGGAAAAUGGGAAGGUUUUAAAAAGCAAUGUUAGCUGGCUUGCCUCACAUACAAGUAUUGCUGAUGAAAGCUGAUCUGAGGUGCAGAAACAAUAGUUCCUCUUCGAGGUGGAGAGACUACAGAGUCACGUUCCAGGAAAAUAGAGGCAGUUACCCAACUUGCAGUGAGGUGGAGAGUAAGGUAAAACUGCGUCUCAGUCAGUUAUUCUCUGUAGUUUCUGUGGGUCUGUAGCUGCUAGAUUUCUGCUGGGCAGAAACAAAACACCCUGAGAGCUGUUGCAGGAUUUACAGACAUCAGUCCGCAAACCCAAGAUGACAUAAUUUGAUCGAGGUGGCCCACAAGACAGAUUGAUAGCCGUUAAAACCUACCAUGUUUAUUUUGACAUAGAAGAACCUUGGAAGAAUAAUAUUAAAAGAGCAACUGAGCUUUUAUUACUACAGCAGGCAUGCUGUUGCAAUGGGGAGCUGUGUUGCUCAUGCCAGAAUUACACUUCAGAGAUGAUGUAUAGCAAGAGAUUGCAGAGAGGGAAGCAGACAUAUUUUUCAGGGGAUGCGGGGGAAGCCCAUGUUAAGCACAAUAAUAAAUUCCCCACUCCACAAAAAUAUAAAUAUUUGAGGAAUUAUUGGGGGGGGGGAAGGGAAAUGAAAUGAAAACCUCCAAAUAUACUAUUAUAUAAUACAGUAAGUAAUGCAUGCCAUUCCUUAUUUUGAAUGUUGUUCAACAGUACCACCUGCUGGCCAAAAACAAAUUGACUUUUUCAGGACCAAUAAAGAGAAAGUUAAAUAAUCUGAAUCUGAAGCAGAAAGAAAGAAAGAUGGCUUUUUUCCCAUAAGAAAAACCCUCCAUCCAAAUCAUCCCUGUUUAACUUAAGACAGUUAUGUUAAUGGAUGUAUUACGUCAAAUGCUAAAGGCUGCACCUGUUGUACUUUUCUUUAGCUGGACAAUAAUUGGAACCAUACUUUUCAAGUGGGUCAGCAAUUUGGAGAUUUUGAUCCUCCAUGGAACUGAAUCCUUAGAUGCAUAUUGAACAAUACCCUUCUGAAUCCCAUGCCUCCUCAUAGGCUACCCUGGGGAGUGCGUAAUUCCAUGGAUAAGCUCAGGGCCUUUCAUGAGACAGGUGACAGGGGUGCAAAACAGUUGAAAUUGCAGUUGCCAGCCCUUUAUUUUGUGUGUGUGUGUGUGUGUGUGUGUGUGUGUGUGUUGCAACAGUGUGCAACCCCUUGCCACAGAACAGUUUGAAAGGGGGCAGGGAAAACUCUCCCCCAGUCCCCCUUCAAGCAGAUUAUUGAUCUUCUUUCUUUUUCUUUUUUAUCCAGGUCGUGGGGAUCUUUGCAGGGUUUGGUCUGUUACUGUUAGUGGCCUCCCCUUUCCUUCUGCUUGCUACCCCAUUCGUGCUUUGCUGCAAGUGCAAGUGUAGUAAAGGAGACGACGACCCCCUCCCGACUUAAGGUGGAGUGAAAGUAGGACUGGCUCAUCAUCGCAGUGCAUUUCCUACUCACCCACCCUGUUCUUGCACUUGACAUUGUGUUGGCCUUACUCGCCCUGAUUCCCAACGUUGCAGGAGACAGGAGGCGCCACGAUUCCCAGCGACUUUGCCCGCAAGUCGGUUUACAGAGUGCAAGGCAUAUCCUGGUGUGUUUUUUUUGGUGGGGGGGGCAGCGCGAAGCAAGCUGGGACGUCGGAAACAUCAUGUGUCAGUAACGCAAGGCUACGUUGGCCGAUUUGGAACUGAGACGCUCCGGUGUCGAAACAAAGCCCGUUCAGCAUAUCUAUUUGCAUCAAAUUGAGGUGUUAGACAUGUGUGUUUUAAGAAUCGCUUACCAUUAAAAAACAACAACAAACAGCCCAUUUUAAAGUGUGACUUUAAAUAUCUUGUCUAAUGAAACUGAAGUCUCUGUUAAUAUUUGCCCUGGGAAAAUAUUGGGCAUCCAUACACCCCUGAAGCUGUUUCCCAUGCAAUAUUAUAAGAACAAUCUGGUCACGUACGUAUAGGCCAGGAAUGUUUGAGGGUGGGGGCUGCUGCAGCCCUCCAAGCCAAUGUUUCUGCAUCCCUCAUGCCACCAAAUUUGGUAGUGACACUAAAAAAGUAGACACAGCCUGGGGGAUGGGGAUUGAAACCUUUCUGCCCACCCCAGCACCAGCUAGGGAUCCCCUUUUCCCCAUAAUGGGGAAUUGGAUAGGAUUGAGCUGUAGCCCCCGCUUCUCAGCUGAUCUGCAUGCGUAUGUGUGUUGUCCGUGAGCAUGUGAGAGUAUGGGGGGGGGGCGAGCUGCACCCGCCGCUGGCAUGGAGGGUUAGCAAAGUGUGAAUGCAUCUAUUAAAAAAGGUUAGCCACCCCUGACAUGCGGCAUCCUAUGCCUAUAUCUUUUCAAUAGGAUGCCUCCUAACAUUUUGGGAAAUGUGAACUAUUUGUGUGGAUGCACAUUUGUUCUUUGGAACAGAAAAAGAAAUUGCCAACCAUAGAGGCUGAGAUACACAACCCAGACCUGCUAUUAUUAUCAAGGCUCUUUUUUUAAAAAAAGAUGUUGGUAUUCCUUUUCUUUGAAAGUCUGUCUGACAUUCUUUUCUACAUCUCUCUCACCCGUUACGUGGCUACGUGUUGCAUAAAUAGGGCUACCUCUGGUCAGGUAUCUUUUUAUGUACCUAUAUGUCAUUUUAAGCCAAAUAGAUCUUCUCCUGAAUAGAAUGAAGAGGGAAGAAGGAAAGAGUGUAGUAUUGAGCCUUACAUCCAUCUCAGUGCAUGAGAUGUAAAUUUAUUUGUACAAUCAUUUCCACCCUAUAGAGUAUGCAGAUUUUUAGGCUCUCUUGAGUUUGCUUUGUUUUCACUUUUCUUUAAUUAAUGCAAGCGCCCGCAGUUGUAAUAAUAUAAAGAGUCCGUUGAGACUGAUAGGUUUUCCAGUUCAUUUUUAAAACUGUUAUAUCUUGUGCUGUAUGAUACUGUGACAACAAACAUUUAGUUCUGUUUGUUUUUAAGCAGCCCUCUCUCCCCACCUUCGUUUUUCUUUGUUUAUCAUUUUGCUGCUCUGUUUGUUGUCCCGGGUCUUGCCUAAAUUGAGGUGCUGCCAUUAUCCUGAAGGAGAAUGAUGUGGACAUCAACUUACUAUAUCAAUAGGCUACUCUAUGUGAUUCUUCCGUGCUGCUUUGGGUGAGAACUGUAAACAAACUCUCCUAAAAGCACAUAAGUUUCCAUAGUAGGAAAAAGUAUGAGUUGAAAAUGUAGUAUAUAAUCAAAAUGAAACGUGAUCCUGAAGAAUGAAGACAAUGGGAAAUCUUUUGAUCCCUGUGCAAUGACAGUGAACAGGAGCUAGGCCUACAUCUCAGGUAGGUGACAACCAAAAAUUUCCAGGCAUUAAGUACACAGCAGUGGGGAUUGGGCAGGUAGCUUGUGAAUCUAAUGUACACCUGGUUCAUGCUGUUCCCCACAUGCCAAAUAAUCGAUCCAUUGAUUGCAGGAGGGAAAGGAACCUGUUCUGUCUAUCUUUGGACCUUGUUUUAUAUACUAAUUCGCCCAACCAACAGCAUCAUACGUUGCUGUGAAGGUACCCCCUCAGACAUCAAGUGAGGAUGGUUUGCCUGCUCCUGUCAAGUUGCACAGGCUGUUAUGUAUGGAAACACUUAGUCCUCUGCUGUGUUUUCAGCUAUUUAGCUUACAAAGUUAACAAAUUCACUGCCUGGCUCUCCCAUUUCUCACCCUUUCAAAUAACGAUGGAGCUGAGGCAGUGAGCAUCCGUGAAAAGUGGAAGAGACCUGCUAAGGUGGGCACUCGCUUUUGUUCUCUCUGGUUACCUCAGGUUGCUGACUGCUACUUUGUUUUGUGUGUGCUUGCAUGUGGGUGAGUACAGAACCUCCAGAGGUUCAACCAUCCAUCUGAUGCCAUCAGACAACAAAAAAAUCCAAAGUUGCAUCACACUAGAAGCAAAACGGCGUUAGAGGCAUACUUCUUUACUUGCCUUCAGGUUGCAGCCUCCGUCUUUGGAAGCCAUGCUGUUCCUAACAUAUCACAUCCUCAAAGAAUACUUCGAUGAGGGGGGGAAACCUCCUUUAACAUUAAACCAGACACUGAAAUCGCUUUUGCAUCCUGCAUAUCAGACACAUCACACUGUGUUUUAAGUUUGGGUCCUUGCUUAGAAUCAAGUAGUUGCCAUUUGUUGGGAAUCACAUAUUUUGACUGUCAGUAUUUCUUUGAAAUGGGUGUCUGUGAGUGAUAUAACAUGAACUUAUUUAAACUUUAAAUUUCAAGCCUCUGUAGAGGAACAUCAGAUAUUAGCAUUUUUAUUCUCAUUCUAAUGAAGGGUGGACCUCAUCUCCUGGUAUCACUUGUAUUUUAUUUCUGUACUGUUGCUGCUUUUAGUGCAUUGCCUUAAAUCCCUUUUUAAUGGACAUAAUGUGUUUUCUUUUGGACAAUACUGAUGUAAAGCUCAUUCCAUGGCCUAGGACAGGGGUCUGCAACCUUUAAGACAAAAAGAGCCACUUGGACCCGUUUCCGAAGAAAAACAACAACUGGGAGUCUCAAAACCAUUGUGACAUUUAAAGCAUGCGCGCCACUGCCCUCCGAUCUGACAGUGGGCGGGAAGGUGACAUUGGGACGGUGCGUGACUAACGCACGCACCGCCCCCAUGCAACGUCACAGCCAGUACAGCGCCCGCCACAGUGGGGAGUGUCGGGGCGCACAAUGCGCCUCCUCCCCUCGCUAGUAUCCGCCCCGGAGCCGCGGCAAAGGUGUAAAAGAGCCACAUGCGGCUCCGGAGCCGUGGGUUGCAGACCCCUGGCCUAGGACGUUCAAACCCCUACCAGCUGACCUGGGUUAUACUUCUACACACGCUAAAAUGAGAGCAGCAACUAGCAAAAUGUUCUGCUACACCUGCUCCCUAAACUUUAGACCAAACUCCAGUGUAUGCCAAACUGAGCUUCACCCAUGUGGGGCAAGUCAUUUUGACUGCAUCAUUCCUCACCCACCUAUAAACAAACCUCAUUUUGCAGGUGUCUUGUGUCUUUCAAGCUUCUUUGGGAAGCACUUGGGGUACAAUUCUAGUUGUCUUCACCUUCAACCCUUGUACCCUACAAAGUCACCAUUUUUCUAGUGUUGGGCAUGGCAGUGUUUUAGAUAAUGUUUUAUUCUGUGUACCUUUGGGCUGCAAAAAAAUAAAUAAAUCAGAACUAUUUAGACCAAUUCUUCGUAUGCAAUGAAUGGUCUAGUGUAGUUAGCACAAUAUCUUUUUGUCUGAAGCAGAGCGACAGAAAUUUUGGACAUAUGAACCAUGUUAAGAAAUAUAUACAUACAAAUACUUGUUUGCAAUUGUAAAUAUUUGGCUGGGAGAGAAAGUAAUAGUUUAUUUCCUAGAGCUGUUUCCUCUAUGGGUUUGGGUUUCUGAAUUACUUGAUCUUCUUUGCAAUAUCACACCAAUGCAUUGGGAAUCCAUCAUUGUUCCAUUUUUGAUUUUCAGACUUUGUUCAUGCUGCUAUACAUGCACACAAUGUGUCACAGUUUUCAGUUCCUGCUCAUUUGUUUUUAAUGAACAUGAGUGCAUAUACAUGCUUGUUGAUUUCUCUUUUUUUUUUAAGUCCACCUGAGGCAGUGCUAUGACUGCACUAAGAUCCUUUGAAGGCCUUUUUUUUAUCCAUACUUCAAUUUAAGUAACCUGUAGGAGAGAGGGUGGUACAAAAAAAAGUGAAAUGAAAACUGCAGCAAAUUCCAAAAAUAAUGUUGAAAAAAGUCUUAAGUUGAACAAGAAAAAAGGGUGAGGGAAUGCAGGACAGAGCCAACCCAUGGAACUCAUCUCUGGUUUUGUGUGUGUAUAUCAAAGCUCUUGAGGGACGCGGGUGGCGCUGUGGGUUAAACCACAGAGCCUAGGACUUGCCGAUCAGAAGGUCGGCGGUUUGAAUCCUCCGGCGGGAAGGUAAACGGUGUUUCCAUGCGCUGCUCUGGUUCACCAGAAGCGGCUUAGUCAUGCUGGUCACAUGACCCGGAAGCUGUACGCCAGCUCCCUCGGCCAGUAAAGCGAGAUGAGCCCCGCAACCCCAGAGUCGGUCACGACUGGACCUAAUGGUCAGGGGUCCCUUUACCUUUACCUUUACCUUAUCAAAGCUCUUUGGCCUGGUUAGCUUUACAAAGAGAUUUCUCCCAGGGACUCUACUGAAGAUGGACAUUAAUGGAAUUAGUUGAUGGUGAUGGCAUUAGGGAUUUCCAAACAGCUUGUAAUCAUGCUUACUUACUAAUACUCUUCCAUAAAGUAAACGCCUGCCAUUUGUGUUUAAAGCCCCAUGAUGGUUCUGGCUUUGUUAAUGUGUCUAUCUUUCUUAACAAAGAUGAGGAACCUUUGGUACAGGUAUAGGUAUGUGCCCUAUAAACAAAUCCCUCCCUUACUCAUUUUACCAUGGGUGUAUUUUUAACCUUGUAUAGAGAAGCACGGAGGAGUCAUGCAUAUGUAUAAAUGAUGUAUUUGACUAGUGUAAAAAGAAUUUAAUUUUUGUUUUCUGUAUUUGAAAUGUAACUACAUUUCGUGCCACUAACACUGUGAUGUAUAAAAGAGCUGUUGAAUGCCUUUGAAUGUUGUUUUGUACUUCGAAUCAUAUUGAAGAGUUUUAUUUGUAAUUUCAAUAGAUAUUUUAAAUGAACC